GAGGUGUGUCCUGGAUCUUGGCAGCUCAUUGAGGAAGAGCUGAUACAGUGUUACAAUAGCCUUCUUAGUUCCUGCUUUUAGUGUCCACUGGAUUAGAAGGUAAGCGUUCUCUUGUUGCUGAUAACAGAGGAGGUAUUGCAUUACUAAAAAAAAAAUCAAAAAAAAAUCAGCAACCUCACUGAGAGUUUAGUACAAUGUUUUUGCAUUAGAUUACCAGUUGAUUCAGCUAAUAAUUUGACUUGUGCCCCCCUCCCCUUUACAGCAGUCAGCUGCUUGUAGUCAUGGUUACUAAAUCUGAUAUGCUAUGCUUAAUUUUGCCAGAUUCUGCAUGUGUUAUUGGACACAUAUGUUUACUGAUAUUCUUUGAAGGGCAGAACAUGCUUAUUGCCACCCUCCAGUAUGUAGAACUCAAAUGCUGCAGGUGGAAAAUUAAGUAAUCACUAAGGAAUUCUGCAGUAUAUGGGUUCUACAUACUUUAGGGCAGAACGUUCUGUGUGCUGCCUAUCACCAUGUAAAUGUAAUGUACAUCCAGGACAUUCUUAUUGGAUCUGGCAAACGUAUUAAUGCUCUUGUCAUGGGUCUAUAUCUAUAUGCAAUAUUGGUGUAAUUUAACAAACCUAUAUAAACGUAUAUACUAGUAGAAAGAUCAGCAAAGUGCAUAUCAAACUGGUGCAUAGCAGUAUGGCCAUCAUUGGCUCAAAUGCACAGUCCCAUCAAGGCAAACAUGUGGCAUUCUGGGAACAAGUCCUAAAUAAAGAGUAAUCACCAUGGAAACUCACAUUGUCCUGUAAUACUCAUCGUAAGGUUUCCAACAAUGUCAUGUUGCCCUGCAGAAUGUUGAGUUGCUGCUUAAAAGAAAAAGAAAAAACCUUUUACUUACCUUGUUCCUUGGCCCCCUGCCUCCUCUGUGAGGGUGUAAUCCAGUGCUUGGGGUCUUUAUGUGCAUGCGUGGCCUUCGCCAUCCACACAUUCAAACUUUCCCAAUGCUUUCCUGUGGGGCUUCUGCGUCAUGACCGACCUGCUUUUCAGUAAAGUAUGCUAAAUGACAAAUAGUUUGGAUUUUUUUUUAAAUCGGGUGGGUGAGUCCGGAUUUAAAUAAUUCUGUCUGGAUUUCAGCAAUCUGGAGGGAUUUGGACCAAAUUCACGGUCCUUGUGUGCAACAUAUGGAAAUGUUGAAUAGUGUGAACAAUGCCCGGAUCUUGCAGUCUAUUUAGACAUAAAGGAAUACCCUCCCUUGCUCCCCCCCAACCGGUAAAUAAAGGGUCAAAAACUUGAUCCCAGCGCUGAAGAACAACGCUCUGCCCCCUCCGACGUCCUGGAAUGAGCGGGCACUAAUGCGCAUGUGAGACAAGUGCCGCGCGUGCAUUAGACCUCCCCAUAGUAAAGCAAUGAAUUAAUGCUUUCCUAUGGGGAACAAUCUGAUGCUAGAGGUCCUCAUGCAGAGCGUGAGGACGUCCAGCGUCAGAUACUGGACCAAAGGUCCGUUACAAUGUAGGAAGCGCCUCCUGUGGCUGUCGGGGAGACAGCCACUGGAGGAAGACUUAGUGCUGCAACAUAAACAUUGCAGUUUCUCUGGAACUGCAAUGUUUAACUUUGCAGCACCAAGUGCAAAAGGGACAUUGCACCCAGACCACUUCAAUGAGCUAUAGUGUCCCUUUAAGUUAAAGACUCUGUUAAUGUUAAACUUCUCAAAAAUGAUUUAACAUUGAAUGGAUGCAGAGCAUCAGGGGACUCCAGGCAUUAUAACCACUUCAAUUAAAUUGUUAUUGUGCCUAUAGUGUCCUUUUAAGUCAAGAAAUACAGUGACUAACCAAAAAAGGAGAACGGUUUGUACAAUCACUGCCAUAACGUUAGACAUUGCUCACAGUACAGAUAAUUGCUGGCUACUCUGGGGAACUGUAAAUCUACAUGUUAUUUACAAAGGAUGAGCUAAUGAAAGAAGUGAUAGUAGACUGGCUAUGCUACAAUACUCAUGCUAUUAGACCCUUACGGCUGAAUCCAUAAGAGCUAUUAACUAAAGCUAAUAUGUCGAUAUAUAUAUAUGUGUGUGUUUAUAUAUGUAUGUGUAUAUAUAUAUAUAUAUAUAUAUAUAUAUAUAUAUUUUCAUGUAUAGUGGUCUAUACAUAUAAAAUUCUCUUUAGAGCAGUCAAGCAUUGAAACCAUUAAUAAAUUACUAUUUAAAGAGCACAUGUUAUAUGUAAGGCAGUAAAACUUAGGAACCCCCUCCACACUAGCGAUCUCAGAAUAUCAGGCCAUACCAUUUGGCAGCCUUAAAGACCCAGGUAAGUGUCAAAUCAUUUGAAAAUUGUUUUGCUACUUACCAUGGGUUUAAACCACGGGACUCCUGGCACCAUAACCACUACAUCCUACUGUAACAGUUUAGGUGCUAGAGUCCCCCUUUAAAUUUAUACUAUCAAUUUUUCCAUGGAAGUGCAGAAUGUAAAUAAAAAGAAUCUGUCUGUCGGUUCAUCCAUCCAUCUGUCCAUCCUCUGUCUAUCGUCUAUUUAACCCAGUAGGUUGGUUAAGGAGGAUUUCCUGUGGAGCAGGAAGAACGAGGUAUCUCAAGGUUUCUGAGAGGGUUUCUACAUCUCCAGUUGGGUAAAGGAAUAUCAGAAAUCUGUUGUGCUAGUAAUAAUUGUAAUGACUACUUUUCACUAGCAGCAGGAGUUUUACUGUAAUGAAUUGGAGUAUACAAGAUACACAUUAGUGGGGGCGAAAAAGUAGUUGAGUGGCUUGCAAUAGACUUUUGUUGUUUCCAUAUUUUUGGUUUGGGAAUAACUGCAAUGUGGUUAAAGAUAUUCCUUCUGCUGAUAAGCUACUUGCUAAACAUUGACUAGUAGACAUUAGGAAGAUUUAUUAUGCUAGUGUUCAUUUCUUUAACCUGUUCUUACUCAUGCAGUGACUCUACAAUGACCUUAGUGAGCAGAGAGGUUUUCGGCACUUUGCCUGAUGGUGGAGGCACAGUGGAAAAGUUCCAUCUUGAAUCAGACCUCUUAAGAGCAGAUGUCAUAUCAUAUGGAUGCAUACUAACUCGCUUAGAAACUAAAGACAGUCAUGGAAAUUUCUCUGAUAUCGUUCUUGGAUUUGAUGAUUUAGAAGGUGGGUUACUGUACUUUAUUUAAUGUUCUGCAAUGUUCUUUGUUUAAUGUCAAAUGGACAAACAGGAACACUUUAAUUUUAGGGGUGUGACUGGGGGGUGUAGCUAGAGGCAACUCUGUUUUGGGAAAUUUUAGUUGACUAACUAAUAGCUAUUUUGGCAGCUAAAAUAUAAUUUAGAACUAGACCAAUGUCUCUUAUUUACACAUUUCUAAAACACAUUUAUAGUAGUCUAAAGACACACUACUGGGAGUAUUAUUGCUGUGGAGCUCUAUUAUACACUCAGACACACCAACAAUAUUGAGCUCCUAGAAAAGUGGGACCAUAGGAGAGAAAAGAUGGACAGAGGGAUUAGGACCCAAAUAGGGACUGUCCCUCCUAGAUAGGAACACUUGGAAGGUAUGAGUGAAGAUUGACCCAGCCUCUAGAAUGAAAUCUGGGAGGAAGUGCAUGUUGUGCAUAGUUCUGAUGUUUUCUUACACACCAUUAACUAUCAGCUUCCCAUAAAUUAACAAUAACACUGCUCAAGUUGAUGAGCCCUAUCCCAAUCACAGAGUGUUAGUGUAAGGGUCCGCUUCUCUUGGAUUAGAAGAUCAUUAAAUUUACCUCUGUUUCCAAAACAAUUGUAAUGGAUGGCCUAUGGACUGGGUAUAGACACAUUCACUGAGAACCUUAUUACACGCACAGUACCUAUUGAUAUUUUUUAACAAUGACUCCUGUCAUUAUUUAUAAUAAUUUGCUUUAUAUUUAAAGACACACUCCAAUCAUAAUAAUGAUUACGGUGUGCUGUAAUGAUUAUGGUUCCAACAGUGCCCUAGUGUCAUCCAUUUUAAAUAGUCAAAACGUUGUUUAGAAUAUUUUGACUUCUUGUAUCCACCAGGUGCUUCUUCCCACCUCCACUACAGCAACAGGAUAGAUAAUUGCUCUCUGUCUGAACUAAGCCUGCCUCGGGAGAGCAAAUGGCAUCUCCUAAGCAAAAGCUUCUGGCUGUCCUGUAACUGUAGUGUUUAUGGUGUUUGAAGUGAUCAUUUGACAGAAAAAACAAUGCUAAUGUGGAAUACUACAAAGGGAUAUCUCAGUAUAUUCAGAAAUACAUAACAUUUGUAUUAUUUAUAAAGAACAAACCCAACACUCCGAGCAGUAAAAUCAAACAAAACAAAACUAGUCCACAUGCCCCUUGUCCAAAUUAACAAAAAUAAGCUGCUACAAUUUAGCUUUGUUUAAUUAUUUAUUUAAAGGAUCACUAUAGGGUCAGGAACACAAACAUGUAUUCCUGACCCUAUAGUGUUAACACCAUCAUCUAGCCCCCUGGGUCCCUCAUGCCUCCAUAAAUAUAGCAAAAUCUUACUGUAUUCAAGCCUGAAGCUGUAACUCUGCAUGCUGUUAGACUCAGAAAAACAAGCAGUCUGCUGACAUGAUCAGAAGUUGUAGCCUGAUCCAAUCACAGUGCUUCUUCAUAGGAUUGGCUGAGACUGACAAAGAGGCUGAUCAGGGGCAGAGCCAGCAUGAUUCAAACACAGCUCUGGCCAAUCAGCAUCUCCUCGUAGAGAUGAAUUGAAUCAAUGAAUCUCUAUGAGGAAAGUUCAGUGUCUGCAUGCAGAGGGAGGAGAUACUGAAUGUUUGGAUGCAUUUUAGGCAGCCAUGACCCAGGAAGGAUCUCUAACAGCCACCUAAGGAGUGGCCAGUGAAGUUAUCACUAGGCUGUAAUGUAAACACUGCAUUUUCUCUGAAAAGACAGUGUUUACAGCAAAAAGCCUGAAGGUAAUGAUUCUACUCACCAGAACAAAUUCAAUAAGCUGUAGUUGUUCUGGUGACUAUAGUGUCCCUUUAAUAAUGGUUGGGUAGUCUGUUCGGAUAUAGAAUAAUCGCCAUAAUAUGUUGUUCAGAGUGUAAAAUAUAAGCCAAAGCAGUCCGUCUUUCACUAAAGUGUACAUAACAGAUACGCUGCUUUGUUUUACAAUAUAUAAAUCCUACAGACCGUUACUUUAAAUAUAUCUUCUAAACGUGUUCAAAAAUAAUACACUACAUAUCCACAAUUCGCUAAUGCGUGUGUGUACAUAUUUAUAUAUGAAUGUUGAGCCAUAGUGGUUGGCUAGCUUGUGACGUAGUAUUGGUCAUGACAUUCUAUUUUUAUUAAAAAAAAAAAAAAACAUCAGACUGUGGCAGGAAAUACUAAGUGACCAUGAGAGAGAGGCAAAACUGUGAAAAUGAAUGCUAGUGUAAGAAAGAGACGGAGGGAGAAAGAAAAAUCACAAUUUAUGAGAAUAAAUUAGACAUGGCAGAGAGAGAUUUUGGAAACCAAGUAAAGAAUAUACACAGGGCUGAAUGUGUAGGCUUAGAGGAUACAGAGUUAAAAUGAUAAUGCAAGCACUAAUUAUCACUGCAGCUUGUUGUAGUGAUUAUGAUAGGAAUUCAACAUCAAAAUAAAAUUCUUAUUCCUGUCCAUUUCUUUUAUAAGAAUCUCAUACUAUAGAAAUCGGCUUCAUUUGAUUGCAUGAGUUGUGCUGUUCAGAACACAAACUCGGCAUUGUUACUAUAGUGGUUAUGGUACUUGAAGUGUCCCUUUGAUAAAGGUGAAUAAGACAGUGCAUAGACAGAAAAGAAUGGCAUGGACACUGAUAGACAUGUUUUAUCUAAAUCCAAAAUAUACACUGUGAUAUGUAAGACAACCAGGACAGAGAUUCUGUCUGAAUAUGACUUUUUCAUUAAAGUAAGAAUUCAAACUGAAUUCCAAAAGAAUUUAAAUUUUAAUGCCAGAGUUGCUGACUUUGAGAUUUUUCACAGUUCGGCUAUUUUGACCUUACAUUUGAAAUUCACUUUUAACCUUGAAUAACCCUGUAUGAGUGAGAUUUGGUGGAAUAUUCACCAGUACCUGAGUUUAUGUAGUUUGAGAAAAUGUGUGGUCCCCAGGAGUAGUAUUGAGGAUUACACAUCUUCUAAGCCUCCACAUCAUGGGCCGUUGCCUCCACCAUCAGGCAAAGUGCCGAAAACUUCUCUGCUCACUAAGGUCAUGUUGUGUAUACAAGCUUAGCUUUAGGUAAAUUAGGCUGACCUGAGUUUUUUUUUAAUGAGUUUCUGACUAGCAGAAUUUCAGUAUAGGUUUUUAUAUGGUCUGUAUUGGUCAUGUAAUAGUCCAAAUUUGUUAGAUAUCCAUGUUUGGUUGCUAUCUGAGAAUGGGUAGGUUGGCACCGACUCUUCUUGAGUGCAGUGACCCCAUACUCGCCCAUUACAGCACACAGAGGCAAUAAAUACCAGUGCAUGCCAGUAGGGUAUGUACUUUGAAAGAAUCCCAUUGUACAGCGCCAUGGAAUUUGCUGGCGCUGUAUACAUUAAAAAAUAAUAAUACAAAGGAGUAUGGAGGCACUACACACGAAGGAAACCAAUAAAGUCAAUACCUAGAAAGCAGCAGACAAACUUACAAAAUUCACAUCUGCCAAUUCUCUGUAGGAAAUAACUUUCCAAUUUUAAACACAAGUAAUGAGUACUUAGCACAUUUCUACCAUAGUAUGAUCGUGUCCACUUUAAGUUUAUUAAGUUAUUCUAAUAACUUUGUUACCAGGUUAUUUGAACAAACACCCCUAUUUUGGAGCAGUGGUUGGACGUGUGGCAAACCGUAUUGCCAAUGGCAAGUUUUCAGUGGAUGGAAAAGAUUAUCAGCUAGCCAUCAAUAAUGGGCCAAACAGCAUUCAUGGCGGACUCAAAGGGUUUGAUAAGGUAAAUAGAAGUAAUUCCCUCCUACGUAGCUGUGGGUGCAAUCUUUCUUCAAUAUGGAAACCUCUAAUUUCAGCCAUGGUUUCUAAAACUGGAAAUGAUUAAUGUCAACCCUGUUGAAUCAAAUGAAUGACAUAAAGACGUGGACUCAUUUAAAGUGAUAUUCUAAGUAUUAAAACAACUUAAUGAAGCAAUUUUGGUGUAUAGAUAAUUUGCCUCUGGUUUAACUGCUCAACUCUCUGCCAACAAAGAGUUAUAUUACUGCAGUCCUAGUCACACCUACCCAUGUACAUUGAAUGCCUUUUAAAUUUUGUUAUAAAGUACUGGGGAAAAAAAAAGUUAAUUUAAGUGUGUGGCUAUAGAUUUCAGAUUGUACAAAGCAGUCAGUGUCCUUUUGGUCAUUCUUUUUAUGUUUGGUUAAGACAGUUUUGUGUUUUGUUUUGUCACCUCCCCCACACACACUGACAGGGUUUAGGACAGUGAUGGCUAACCCUGACACCAUAAAUUGUUUCUGGACUACAUUUCCCAUGAAGCUCAGCUAGCUUUUAGAGUCUAAAAGCUAGCUGAGCAUCAUGGGAAAUGUAGUCCAGAAACUAAAAAAUAAUGGAAACAAAAAAAUUACUUCAAAAAUGACAACACAAAAAAGACAGGGUGCUAUAUGUUAGGCACUGUGUUGGGUCCUGAAAUAGGAGUGUCGCUAUUGAGUACAAUUAUCCAAUGCUCAAACUAGGUAGCGGUACAACUGCCUCCCAAAAAUCACCAAAGGUUGCACUGCAGGUGGUACAAAUAAAGGACCCAAUACCAGCUCCUGCCAAUAUAGGAGCUGACACCUUGUCUUCACUAACCUAGCUGCACAAAGUGCUCAAGCCCUUCCCCUUAGUGAGUCUGUGCAGGAACCGAGAAUAUCUCUAGCGUCUCCUCUAAAUGGCCAGGUGUAGGUAGUGUAAUAGGGUUAACCCUCGAGUAGCUCUCACCCCAGCUGGGCUCCAUUAAAAAGACACCACUUACUGUAAAGUUAUAUAUAAAAAAACACCACUUAGAUUAGCAGAUUUGCCCAGUAUCGGCGUCUGAGGCCUCUCUCAGUACUGACUUUUACUCCUCUCCAGAUGACAUCUUUUACUCCUCUCCAGAUGACAUCUCCUGACUCAGGGCAAGGUCGUUGAUCACACGGCCUCGUGGCCAUCUUGCAACAUGCACCUUCACUCUACUGUUUCAAUGUAUCUUUUAUCUUCUGUGUUGGCCUUUACCCAUCACGGUGGAGACUGCACUUAUUGAAACAAGAGGCGAAGAAAGUCAUAUUCCAGAUGUUUGGAGGGUGAGCAAGAGAAACGGCUGCUCCCUGAAUAGGCCUCAGACCCCAGAGUUGCAGUAUCCGUGCAUGUGUGCCAAACCUGGACCAUGACAGCGCACAAAUGUCACCAGUGUCUUUAUUAGGGCACAGACCAUCAUUCUGACACAAAAAGGAAGCCCCUGAUUACUGAAAGAUAGACACUUGAGUGAUACAUCAGAGGAGCAAAAGUGCUGUGCGUCCGUCUGGCUCAGCAGUCAGACACGCCCCCAGAGAACAGACUUACAUUUUUCCAAUUCCUCUUUUGGCUUUAAAUUUAAAAUUCACUUUGAAUUCCCAACAAUUCUGAAAGCAACAUUUAACUGAAAGUUAAGAUUCAGUAGUGUUUCAUGCAAAAGUCGGAAAUGACAGAUACUUGUACUAAGUAGAAAUGGCUGCCCAUUGAAAUACUACAUUUCCAGUGUUGAUCAAGCCAGACCUCAUGUGCUGUACAUUUACCAUGAUGUGCAGCCAUCCUGGUCUGGAAACCUUUGCAAUGCUAACAUUAGCCAUCCCUGUUCUGUUGUGUACAGAUACUUUUUAGCACACCUUUUACCCGUUAAAGCAAAAAGCCGUGUACCAUGUGACUUGGUAGAAAUGUUUAAUUUUCAUUUCCCCAAACAUUAGAAAGGAGGUGACAUGAUCUGUGCGAUUCUGUCUAUAGUAUGAUUGUUGGCAUCAGGCAUUGUGUCUCCAGUAUUGCAGCAGCAGCUUACCAUGACCACUGGAAUCCCUACAGCGUACUCAAAAUGCUGCGAUAAACAAAAACAUCCCAAUGGAAGCAACUCUGUGGGCAAAAAGAUGCUAUUAAUGAUUGAGGUCAGAUGACCGAAAGGCCACACAUAUCCAUUUACAACAGUGCUGUUCCUAUGGACAUAUCUAACGAACCUUUAAAUGAAUGUCCUUAAAACAGUUCUUGGUUCCAUUACUGUCAAGUAAGAGCAGGGAGAUGAGAUUACAGUGGAUGCAUUAUCACCAAAAUAGCCUGGUUGGGUCUGGUUUAAGGGCCAGAAUUUUUGCAGUAUGUGUGGAACUGCACUCACUCCCAUCAAUCUGAGCCAGGGUGCUCGCUGUACCAGAACCAAACACCAGAUUCCCAAUUUAGUAGAGUAAAAUGAAAGAGGUCCAAGCACUCCUUUGUUCAAGACAGGCACUUUUUUUGGAACCACAGCAGCAACGUUUCGACCCGAGGGUCUUUGUCAAGCUUGAUAAAGAUCUUCGGGUCGCAACGUUGCAGCUGUGGUUCCAAUAAAGUGCCUGGAGCUCUUUCAUUUUACUCUAACGGCCAGAAUUUGGCAUAAAUCCAUAGAGCUUAGUAUUAUAUCGCUCCUAAUUGUACUGCUCGAGGCACACAUGAGUUUUACCCAUUCUGGAUUAGUGUUGCUAAUAAAGUUGGCCACUUAGUAUAGAAGGAUGGGAUGGGGGGUGGUGGGGAGUCUUGCUGUCGGUCAUACCUAUUAUUGAUAUAUUUAAUUAUUGAGGAGGACUUUAUGCAUUGACUGUUUUCAUGAUGUAGGAUGGAAUAACAAGAAUGGCUACAUGUUUGCCUAUGCAUUUUUUUGGGAAGAAAUUACAUAUAUCAAAUAUUACAUUUCAGGUGCUCUGGAUUCCCGAGGUGAUUCAGAAUGGUGUGCGUUUCUCUUAUACUAGUGCAGAUGGUGAAGAGGGAUACCCUGGAGAAUUAAAAGUCUGGGUGACGUAUGUAGUCGAAGGCAGUAAAUUAACAAUUAAUUACAAAGCUCAAAGCAGCAAGGCCACUCCCAUCAAUCUGACCAAUCACUCCUACUUUAACCUAGCAGGACAGGUAAGAACUGCUUCAUAUUCUGACUUUGCUAGUUUAAAGUAAUGUAAUAGCUUUUAAGUUUAUUUAUUUAAAUUCUUUAUUUUUGUCUCAGGACAUAGUUCUGAUAUAAAACAUUUCAUGACAACAUCAUGUGUGAGACCGUAUAAACAAUUGGUGUUACAUGACAAACAGAUCAACUGACACGCCAUAAACUGAGUUUUUUUUUUUUGUAUUAUAAGGGUGCUACAGCUUGGUCUGGGAUCCCUCCAGCCCGGUUUAGAGAAUUUUGGGAGAUGUGUCAAAUAUAGCAGGUGAGCUAUAGGCUGGGAGGUUGGGGCGCUAGUAAUAGAAAAAAAAUAUGUGGUCAGAUAACCUUAGUCCACUGGGCUACUUUUCGGCGUAGUUGAGGCAAUUAGACUGUGAACGUAAGUUGUGAAAAAGUACCACUUCACCUUGGGGGAGCAGUUGGGCCCAUUAUGGCCCGGCAUGUGUAUAGCUGAUCAAUAAACAACAAAAGUAACAAAAUAUACACCCAAAUGGGGAAAUCGUUGCGGGGUCCCAGAUACAGGGUGGUGCGUGGUCCUGUCGGAGUUAGAAUCCUGCUGUAGACCCAGGGUGGGUACAAGAUCUCUUGCGCCCUGCAUGUCGUGGAUGGUAAACGAGGAGUUGCCGUGAUGUACCAGCAACAUGUGAGGUCCCUUGUACCUGUAGUUAACAUUAUGCGAGCGGAGGAGAGAUGUGAAGGGCUGGAGAGUGUCACCAAGCCAGUGUGGACCCAGACAGAUCUGCAUAGAACGAUAGCGACAUGUUCUCGAAUAGAUAAGGUGAGUGAUUUCAUGUUCCGUUCAUCACAGCUGUUUUAUCCCUGUUACUUAGGAAGCGCACUAGGAGAUCUCUUGGUGACGUGCUUGGAGCCUUGGCAGGCCUCGGUAGACAGAACAUCCCCUCCGGGGGUCACCUGUUCUGUGUGCUUGGGGGAUAGAAGGGCUAUCAGGAGUUGCCUUACAAUGUGCAGUUUGUCAGCCUCUACUAUCUCCUCAGUGGUCCCCCCGAUCUUAAUAUUCAGGUUUCUUCUAACGCUGCAAACCGCUGGUCAUAUUUAAUAUUCUGCUGCUGCAGGUCAUUUGCUGCAGGUGCUUUGUGUGCUGUGCGUUUUGGCUGGAGUCUUCCUCCAAGACGCUCAUGCGGCCUGUCAGGCCCUGUAGGUCUUUGCGGGUUUGGGCAAUGUCAGCCUGUAUGGCAAGAUGUACCCCAGCCAGCAGUUCUUUCAUGAUCGCCGUGGUAACUGGAGGGGAGUCUGACUGUGGGAGAGUCGGGAGAGGGAACUGUGAGGUGGGUGGGAGUUCCAUCCCUAUUCUUGGUGUAAAAUCGUCCGAGAUGUCAAUGUGGUCAUCUGCAAAGGCGGCUAUGUUUGGACCCAUGGUGCUGUGUGCUUGUCUCCAGAGGUCGCUGAUUUCAUGCUCUGCCGUGGCUUGUUGGGUUUGGGCUUUUUUUUUAUCUUUGACCCAUCUUGCCGACAGCAGCCUGGAGAUCCGUUUGGUAUCUGGUACUUGGGGUUUGGGCUCUGUAAGAGUGGCAAAAGUGGCUAUUUCGUGACGGCAUGCUGCCAUUUAGUUCAGUAGCUUUGCUCAGCCCCCCGUAAUGUAAUGGCUUUUAAUAUUAUUGAAAUGGUAAAAUAUGCCUCAUAGUGAUUUAAAUGGAUGCGGACUUUAAUUUAUUUUAUUUAAUUUCAUGGAGCAAACGUAUUAUGCUUAUGUUAAAAGUUAACCUGCCAUGAUAAAAUUCUCCAGAAAUAGAUACCUAGAUGUUUUUAUUUAUUUUUAUAUUUUUAAAUAGACUUGGUUUACAUUUAUUGUAUAAAUGUAAACCGUACUUAGAAUCAUGGUUUGUGCAUCCUGUAAAUACUGUCACAAUGUUGAUUGGCUUGCGCUGCAAAGUUGAUUUGAUUUAAAGGGUUUCUCCAACGAAAAACAAGUGUUUUCAUAUAACACUAGUUUUGGUUAGAGUAACCCUUGCUGACCCUCCCUCCCCCCCACUUCUCAAUUUAAAAACAAAACAAAAAAAAGACAAACAAAUUUUAGAAGUAAUGCUAAAACUCACCUUGAUCCAGCACUCGAUGUUCUACCUGCAGCCCAGUCCUCCAUGUUUGACGUUCUCCUCCUCGCCAGUUGGAGGUCAGGGAGAGUGGUUGAGGGGAUGGUAUAGGUGGCACAUGACAUGGGGGAGGAGUUUGGUGCUGCCAUUGGCUGUGCUUGCUGGUGUCAGACACCAAAUUUGCACAGUAUUCAAAUUAGCCAACCCAGAACUCUUCUUUUUUUUAAAAAAAAUGUUAUAGUGAAAUAUGCCACAAAACCUCCAGGCACCAUGACCACCUCAAAUCAGUGAAGUGAUCAGGGUGCUUGGGGUAACGAUUUAAUUUUGAGGUAAUAAAGGAGUUGACUUUUAUUGAUUGCAAAGAAAAUGGCUUAAGCACUAGAAGUUAAUUAAAAUCUAGUCUUAGGCUCGAUUCUCCUUCAUAGAGGAGGGUCAUAGAGUAAAUUAACCUUAUGUUUCCUUACAAGUGUAUAGUUACGUGGUUGGGAAGUGGAGCAUUGCAAUAAGUUCUUUUCUUUUUAAGUUUUUUAUGUUUUCCUAUAAAAGCUAUACAGGAAUAUUCUGGAUGAGAAAACUAUUUUUUUUUUUGUUAAUAUGGUUUCCCACAACAUCAUGCUAUUGCAUUGUAUAAGAAUCUGAGAGACUUGCAAACCACACUUGCCUUCAGUCAUACCUUCCUUCCCCCACAUUACCGCUCAGACUCGAGUGGUUUUAAAAGUAGUCAGAGCAAUAAAGCUUUUCAUUUUUUUUAUGCUAAAUUUCAUACUACUUCAAAGACAGUAAGUCCCCUUAUUUUUAGUGUGGUUGCUAAGUAAGGUUUUUGAAUAUUUCAAAUUUAUGAAUUGAAGGAAAGUUGUGUCUCCAAAAGCAUGAUUACUUCAGCUUUUUGUGACUAUUGUGUUUGACCAAUAAUGGCUUAACUCAACCAGUUGAUGUAAAUUUAUUUACUUUUGAAAAAAUAAUUUUUGAAUUAAAAUCAUCUUUACUGUAAAAUAAACAUUACUAAAUUUGUGAACUUUCUCUUUCUCAUAAUGUACAGUAUUUAAUCUUAUAUUUGUCCAUAUGUGAUCAAUUGAAGAUCUACCAGCAGUCUCCACAAGCAAACUUCUUAAGAAAAUACUUCUUAAUCUAUGGUUUGAUCUAUUAAAUGCAAAAACAAAGAUCACGUAACAUUAUGGUUUAAACUGGAAUGAACUAAAAUCCAUUAAAUCGGCUUUGUCACAAAUUUGUUUUGUCCAUCUCCCCAGCGCCGCUAUCGUUGUGUUCCUAAGAUGGUGGCAGCAUGGAGGUCCAUUUUUUUAACGUUCUUUGAGCAUGCUUGUUGCCCAAGGCUUCCAAUGGACCUAUGUUGAGUCUCACGAGAGUGCUGAUUAUGCACUGCUCUCAAAUCACAAAGGCUGUGAAGCUUGGCUAAAGCAGCACCCUUGGUCAACUUUGUCAACCUGAAGUUGUACUAACGAAAAAUAGUUUAAGUAUAACGUUUAAAAAUAAGCUUUGUUUAAUGAAAACAAACCAAAAAAAUGGAGCAUCAGAGGAGGAGUUUGGGAUGCCUAAGGGGGAAUAAUGUGACAGAACUGCAUUUGGAUAAUGAGAGAGGGACAAGUUCUGCCUAAUGUCUUGCGGUGAACACAUUGGUGUAGUAUGAAUAUUGUGAAUUGGUUGCUGCACAAAUGUAAAGAUUAAUCACAAAGCAGUGAAAUGCCUUAAAUUGAAAUGCACUUGAAAUAAAAAAAGUUUAAUAAAAUAAAAACACCUUUUCUUUUUUUUUAUUUCUGUAUUUGACGCUGUGGACCUGCUGAAAAACUAGUGCAUGUUGAAUAGUAACUUUCUUUUACUACAGUUUGAUUUGUGACACUGAUAAUAUCAUUUGCUUGACACUUAUUUUUACUAAUAUAUUUACUAAGAAUUCCACUAAUGCACCAUCAAUUCCAUAUGUGAUAGCCAUUGUCUUAAAUCACACAUUACCCUAGGCUUUAGUAACCUAUUUUCAGUUUAACAUUUUUAAAAUUCUAGGGUGUCAUCUCAACGAAUGAUUGGUUAUUUGAAGCCUUAAUUGUAGAAUAUUGUUCAUGUAAAGUGUCCAAAAUUGUCAAAGCUAGUGGUUUGGUCCUAAUGGUUAAUUUGUUUGGACUGCAUCACCAAUAUCUCAGUGUGGUCUCUUCAAAAGAAACAUUUUAAUACAGAAAUGCCACUUGUGAGAUUCUUUCACAAAAAGUUACCUAUAUGUUAUUGCUAUUUAUUGAAUUAUCAAUAGUUUAAGGACCACUAUAGUGCCAGCAAAACAAACUCGUUUUCCUGGCACUAUAGUGUUAAUGGGUCCCCCCCCCCCACCCUCAGGGUCCCACUCCCACCGGGCUGAAGGGGGAGGAAGGGGGUUAAACACUCACCUUUCUCCAGCGCCAGGCUCCCUCUGCGCUCUGGACUCUCCUCCUUCUUUGGCUGUCAUUAAGCUGAAGUGGUCUGGGUGCCUAUAGUGGUCCUUUAAUUUUUUUAAAAUUAUUAUUUAAAUAUCCUGCUACUCAUGGCAUUUAAAUAAAAUAAUCCAGGCAGUACCUUGCGCAUGUAACAUAUAGCGCUAGUUACUGAAAGCAUGCCCAAGCGUACAUGAGCUUGUCCAGGAUUUCCCUGUGGGUGCAUCAAGUGUGGGAGUUGAGAAAUCUCUUAGAACACAGAAGUGCAAUGGAACAAAGAGGGUUUAUUACUUACCUCCACUCCAUUAUUUUCUCCUGUUAGAGCUUCAGUAGCAUUUAGUCAGGUGAACGAAUGAAGAACUGUCACUUCCAGAGAAGCCACAAAUGUGGACUCACACAUAAAGUAAGCUCCUAUUUCAAAAUAAUUCCAUUAUUUUUGAUGUGUAAAUGUUGCUUUUUUAAUGUAGCACUUUCAAAAUCUAAUUGAUGGAGGAGUUUUAUUAGGGAGAUUGCAAUCAUUCUCACACAUGGUAUUGUAUCUACCAUUAAGAAAUAAUGUAAGAGAAAAUACAUAUUUAUUGCUGUUGACCUUUCUCUGAUACCCUCCCCAUCCCAAGCACUCCUUCAUCAGUAUUCCAUCAUAUAGAAGAGGCCUACUAAGCAUUGUGGGUUUCUAGUACUCGUCUACAACCACCACAGCUGAAUUCCGUUAGCAGAAGUGCCCUCCACUCUAAUGACCAUACCGCAAACUGCAUAGGUCAGGGUUUGAUAGAAAAGUACCUCUUUUUUUUCAACAUCCUCUUUGGUUAGGCAGCAUGAAAACAUUACUGAGAUGUGAAGGGCAGCAUUUAUUAAUUUGUGUAUUGUUCUACGUUACAUAGGGCUCUGGUGUAAUAUAUGACCAUCAGGUUACUAUUGAUGCUGACCAUUAUUUGCCUGUAGAUGACACUAUGAUACCCACAGGUAAGUGCACUUUUACUUUGUUAAUAAGAAAUUAACCAAUUUCAGGUGUAUAUGGUAGGAUUAACUCUAAGUUAUGUAUGGAUUUUCUUUGUCACUUUAUUUUACAUGAAAUAAUGAAUGUUUACACAUGCAGAGUAAUAUUUAAUUGUGUGUGUGUGUGUGUACCAGGUUAUUAUUAGGCUGUGCCAUGUAAUUGUUUCAAACCUUGUGAUAGGCACAUGUCUAUAAUGUUGCCAAUCUUUUAUCUGUGUACAUACACAACAUAUAGGAUGUACAUGUACAGGAAGUAAAAGUGUACUGCGUGAGCUAGUGCCUGCUGUAAAGCUCAUCGCAGAUAGCAAUAGCAGUUUUAGGGGUAAUGUACACAAUUUAUUGAUUCACAUAGGAAAUGUUAAUCUAGGUCUCCAUUAAUAUUCCGUGAAUGCAAUAAUAAAGUGACACUAGGCAUUCAUGGCAGAACACCGUCCUAAUCAAAUAUAUUCACACAGUUCAGCCCUAACAGCCCUGAGUGUGCUGCUUUUAAUUUACCUGGCUGUCCGGAGGGUCCCUUUAAAUGUUUAAAAAUGAAAACUAAUUUCUUCAUCUGUGAUAGCCAAUACAUCUCAUUAUAGUCUAACUCAACGGUUCCCAAACUGUGGGCUGCGGCGCCCUGGGGCGCUGAGACAUGCACACAGGCAUGCUGCGGAAUGUUUCUGCUCAAUAUGGACCCUUUCGAGUGCCGCGGUCCUUUAAGACAGUGACCGGGACCCUGUAAUGUCAGCUGGGAGGAAGUGACAGCCUGUCACUUCCUCCCAAUAUCCUGCAGGGAGACAGUGUGGGAGGAGGCAGCAGCAGCAGCACAAGGGGAGAGAAGCACGAAGAGCUCCAGUCCCCUUCACUCCUCCCAGCAGCAGCAGCAAGACCAGGACUCCAAGCCACCGUCCUGGAAACACAAGGUAAGCUAACAGGAGAUUUAUAUAAAAAAAAAAAAAAAAAAUCUUGUGUAUGAGUGUAUCACGAUUACUGUGUGACCCAACACGCAGAAAUAUAUUAACACAAACAACGUAUACCGGACCUUGGAAUGGCCAGACUUAACGUAAAAGAGAAUGGUCAAAGAACAAGCCAUGGUUGGGGAAUUAGAAUGGGACCAUAUGAAUUACUAGACAAGGGUCAGGAUACCAGAAGAAGGGAAAGUCAAAAACAAUAGCCAAAGUCAAUAACCAGAAAAAUAUACCAAGAACGUGCUCUCUGACAACCAACAAGUGGAAACCACGACAGGGCUCUGAGAAAAGGCAUUACAGGGUUUAAAUAUGCCGCUCAGUGCUGUGAUUAAUUAGUACAUGUCCUUUGACCCCAAAACGUACGUGUGCGUCGAUAACGUGACAUCACACGCAUGCCGGCGCCAUCUUUAAUGUGGGCAGUGUGCCCAUUAACAUUAAGAAUGGCACCGCAGCGACCAGCGUCCCUUAGAACACCGCACCAGCCGGAACCUGUCUUCUUGGAGGAUCGGGUGGCACUCCGCCGCAAUCCAGAUAAGUUCAUUUUUUCCUUUUUGGCGCAAGCGCCCUGCUCGUGUGUGGCUGCGGGGAUCAGGGACUUACUUUUAUCUUAAGUAUUGGCGUGGCCGCACUGAUCAGACGUUACUGCGUCGAUACAGACCCCCUGCGCCGUGACAGAGUGUGAGUGUGUGUAUUCGUGUGAGUGUAUGUAUUAGUAUAUGUAUGAGUGUGUGUGUCCAUAAGUGUGUGUGAGUGUGUAUUAGUAUGUGUAUGAGUGUAUGUAUGUGUAUUAGUGUGUCAGGGUGUGCAUCUGUGUGUGUGUGUGUGUGUGUGUGUGUGUUUUUAUAUAUAUAUAUAUAUAUAUAUAUCAGUGUGCUUCUGUGUCUGUGUGUGCGUGUCAGGGUGUGUAUCUGUGUCAUGGUGUGGGCAUGUAUCAAUGUUUGUGUGUGUCAGGGUGCAUAUGUGUAUAUGUCGAUAUGUAUCUAUGUGUGUGUAGGUGUCGGUAUAUGAAUUUGUGUGUAUGUGUCAGUGUAUUUAUAUGCAUCUGUGUGUUAAUGUGCAUGAAUAUCUGUGUAACGGAUCGACGGGCACCCCGACUGGGUACCUCCGUUGAAGGAUGCUCCUAGCGCUUCCUGCGGACUCCAAGCACUGCAGCAGACACCAUAACCAACGUAGACUCCUCCAGAGAGCAAGGCAGGAACAAGCUCUUAGGCCUUCCACAACAGGGCAGGGCUAGUGUAGUUCUCCCCCUCCGGCUGGAUGCCCUCUUCCCUCCACAUCUCUGGCUGGACGGUGCACCACCAUAGUGCCCGGUAUGAGGCGUCCAGGCUCAGUUCCCUUUCCACAAGGUACACCAAGUUGUCUUACCCGCUCCCCUCUGGGUUGGUCUCCCAGAAGCGGCAUCCGCCAGGCCAUUUGUUCCUCCAACUGGUAUGCGACAGCAGGAAGGCGCUGCUGCCGUUGAUACUGGACUUCGUCCAGGGCAUCGUACCAUAAUUCUUUCCGGCAAUAUCUCUCCAUUCCAAUUCACUUUCUUCCUCAGGUGUGUGUGCUGCCCAGGGAUCCACAAACCCCAUUUUCCCAAAUCUUUCUGUAGACAGGGACGCUGUAUGAACACUAGCGUCGCCCUCAAUUUGUAAAUCCACGAACGGUGUCUCUGAGCUGCUUUACCUCGCAAUAGGACGCCAUCCCACCGCUUGCCACCAAUGUAACAGAUCAACGGGCACCCCGACUGGGUACCUCCGUUGAAGGAUGCUCCUAGCACUUCCUGAGGACUCCAAGCACUGCAGCAGACACCAUAACCAACGUAGACUCCUCCAGAGAGCAAGGCAGGAACAAGCUCUUAGGCCUUCCACAACAGGGCAGGGCUAGUGUAGUUCUCCCCCUCCGGCUGGAUGCCCUCUUCCCUCCACAUCUCUGGCUGGACGGUGCACCACCACAGUGCCCGGUAUGAGGCGUCCAGGCUCAGUUCCCUUUCCACAAGGUACACCAAGUUGUCUUACCCGCUCCCCUCUGGGUUGGUCUCCCAGAAGCGGCAUCCGCCAGGCCAUUUGUUCCUCCAACUGGUAUGCGACAGCAGGAAGGCGCUGCUGCCGUUGAUACUGGACUUCCUCCAGGGCAUCGUACCAUAAUUCUUUCCGGCAAUAUCUCUCCAUUCCAAUUCACUUUCUUCCUCAGGUGUGUGUGCUGCCCAGGGAUCCACAAACCCCAUUUUCCCAAAUCUUUCUGUAGACAGGGACGCUGUAUGAACACUAGCGUCGCCCUCAAUUUGUAAAUCCACGAACGGUGUCUCUGAGCUGCUUUACCUCGCAAUAGGACGCCAUCCCACCGCUUGCCACCAAUGUAACAGAUCAACGGGCACCCCGACUGGGUACCUCCGUUGAAGGAUGCUCCUAGCACUUCCUGAGGACUCCAAGCACUGCAGCAGACACCAUAACCAACGUAGACUCCUCCAGAGAGCAAGGCAGGAACAAGCUCUUAGGCCUUCCACAACAGGGCAGGGCUAGUGUAGUUCUCCCCCUCCGGCUGGAUGCCCUCUUCCCUCCACAUCUCUGGCUGGACGGUGCACCACCUCAGUGCCCGGUAUGAGGCGUCCAGGCUCAGUUCCCUUUCCACAAGGUACACCAAGUUGUCUUACCCGCUCCCCUUUGGGUUGGUCUCCCAGAAGCGGCAUCCGCCAGGCCAUUUGUUCCUCCAACUGGUAUGCGACAGCAGGAAGGCGCUGCUGCCGUUGAUACUGGACUUCCUCCAGGGCAUCGUACCAUAAUUCUUUCCGGCAAUAUCUCUCCAUUCCAAUUCACUUUCUUCCUCAGGUGUGUGUGCUGCCCAGGGAUCCACAAACCCCAUUUUCCCAAAUCUUUCUGUAGACAGGGACGCUGUAUGAACACUAGCGUCGCCCUCAAUUUGUAAAUCCACGAACGGUGUCUCUGAGCUGCUUUACCUCGCAAUAGGACGCCAUCCCACCGCUUGCCACCAAUGUAACAGAUCAACGGGCACCCCGACUGGGUACCUCCGUUGAAGGAUGCUCCUAGCACUUCCUGAGGACUCCAAGCACUGCAGCAGACACCAUAACCACCGUAGACUCUUUCAGAGAGCAAGGCAAGAACAAGCUCUUACAAGAGCUUAGUAGUGAUUUAGCAAGGGAGUAUGACAAGCAUAGCAAUCCCUUGUAGCAGAUUCCCCCAAUAAGAGAUGGCACUCCAAAUUGAGGGUGAAGUAGAGCUAACUGUACUGGCCCAUACAGCCUCUUUUAUUCACAUUCUACAAACAUAGUACUGCCCACAGAGUUUUGAAGAACAACCAAUAAACACGUACAAUACACUCAGACACUCCCACACAAAAUCCUCCCCUCUGCCUGUGAUACAAUUACCUUACACAAUGGGUUAAUAUAAUUAUCACAGGCAGGAAAAUACACAGUUUUACACAAUAUUCAUAACUUUAAAUGUAUGCAUCACAUUCACAUAAAAAGCAUACUCCAAAUACACACAUACGUCAAAAUCAUACAAAUUGGUCCAGUGGGUCAAAAGUUAGAUCGACGUCCUUUGUGACCAAAUGAAUCAUGGCUUUUCUGCUUUUCUGCCCAAAACCUGUUCCACAGAGUCUUCUAUCCUGGAGAUAAUUGGGAAGUAAUCCAAUUAUCUCCAAGGACAGAGGCAAAACUCCAUUAGCCACAUGGUAGCAAAAUACAAUAAAAUACAUAAAAAUAUAUAACUGUGCAGCUAUUGCAUAAAAUAGGUACGUUCAACAUAUCCCCAGAUAGCUUAGAUUUGAUCGCGCAUUAUUAUUGAAUGGCGCUCAUAUCACAUACAUACAGUUCAAUUACCAUGGUGCCAAAGUCUUUCACAUAGUCUUUCGUUAUACAAAUGGGCUCCAUGGCAUAGCUAUCUGGGGUAACACUGCUCACAUAGAGAAAGUACCGAAUGACCCGGCUUUCGGGUCUUUGCAGUGGAAAAUCAAGCAUUUCAACAUGGGGCCAUAGUCACAGGGCAGGAGGCUGGCAAUCCGUCUUCUCCAAUGCUCAGUGGCGAGGCUGGUUCCGCCACAAUCUGUGUAAGUAUGUAUGUAUGUAUGUGGUAGUGUAUGUGCAUACAUCCAAUCAGUCAAACACCAGCACAACAUACAAGCACACUCCUGCAAUCUAACACAAAUAUUAUAUACAUACACACACUCCCCCCAAAAAAUAUACAAACACACCACUUCAAUUAAACACAAAUACUUCCAUAUUUAAAAGUGAACAUUAUAUUCAGACACACCCCUUUAUUAAAACACAAAUGUAUACAAGCACCCCUUCAAACACCAACACUGUACAUUACACUAUAGCGCCAGUAAAUACCGCAGCGCUGUACAGAUAUGCAACCUAGACAUUUUGACUUGGAGUGUCUUGGAAAAAUACUGAAAUAUUAAGGGUGCAUUGAACAUAAAAAGUUUGGGAACCAGUGGUCUAUUUUGCUUCAAAAAUAAUGUGGAAUUGGAAUGUUCUUAUUGGCUCUGUCACUUUACCAUCCAGUAAGUAGGUGAAACAGAAGUUUUAUAAAUAAACUAGACAUCUGUACAUUCUAACUGCCACAUUGGAACAUAGGAAAGUCAACAGAAUCUUUUAAUAUGUAUACUUUAUAUCAUACUAAAGAUGCAUGGUAAGUGCAUUUAGAAUUGCUGACAGUUAUAAAUUAGGCUCUGCGGUUAUAUACUGGAGUAUGAUUGCCAUCUAUUUCCUUUUUAUAUUACUUUCAAACUAUUACACAUGAUGAAUCACAAAGUCAUUGAUGCAUUGCCUAGCAUGUAGCAGAUUUCUCUAGCGAUAUAUCUGCAGACACAAACCUACCGUAUGCUUUGCAGGAAGCAACUGUACAUAACAAUGUUUGUUUUUUUUCCGUUCAAGUAACUGAUUCAUUCAGGCGUUUGUACAUUCAGUGUUUCAUUUGUUAAUUGGUGUAAUUAGCUUCAGUUUCUACUGCCUCACCUCCCUUUGAAGAGGUUAGGCAUCUACAGCUAACUAGACCACAUUAUUUUAAUUGACUUCCCGUCUUCCAGUUUGCAAACCCUAUUAGUGACCCAGAAUUGCAGGUGCCAUUACCUUUAAAUAACUGCAAUACAAUACAAUUUCACAUCAAAAUGCAUAGGCCUAUCCACAUUAACGGUAUGCACUGUCUGAUCACAGGUGCAAUGUUAGUUGUACAGAAAGUUGAAUAGAUUUUUAUAACAUUUCUGAACCUCUGCAGUGGCAGUGAUAUUUGAGAUCCAAGUGUUUUCUGUAAACUGUUAAUUAUUUUGAAAAAAUGUAUUUGCAUUUUUCUUUUUCAUGCCGAUGUUAUAACUCAUAAAAGUUGGAAUUUCUAAUCUUAAAAGGGCAUUUUAAGCAUCCAAGCACCAUAACCACUAGAGUUCAUUUAGCAUAUUUCAAAUGAAUUGGCCAUAUUGAAAUUGCAUCACAUUUGUUCAGUGCACACUGACCGCUACUAAUUAAAUAAAAAUAAAUAAAAAUAAAACAAAAAGUGUACGUGUAGAGUCCUGAGAACAGCACGUGAAGUCACAAGCCAACCAGGAUGUUUGAUUUUCUGUGCAGCUUCAAAGAUUUGACAGAGCAGAAAAGAGAGAAAAUUGUUCUUUGCAGCCCUAAGGAUGUUGAGUGUCUGCAAUACCCGAGGGAAGCAAACAAUGGCUAUACAUUUUUUAUUUGCUUUGAUCAUGUUACUAAGAAGUGCAACCUGCAUCUUGCAACUUACUUGCUGUAUCAGUAUAAGAAAAAUUAAUCCGUAGAGUAAAAAAUAUCGGUGCAUUUAUCUUUCCCAAGCAUUGUGUUGGGAUGUAAUAUAUGUAGAAUGUGUGAACAAGUCUUAUAAUUACCUCACUCCUAGACCUAAUCCUUUCCUCAUGAUGGAGCUUGAUUUAAAAUAUUCUCUUUGAUGGUUGAUGAAGAAAAUAUACGUAUUCACUAGAGCCCAUUAACAAAUACUAGGUGGAUUGUUUCCCAUCUAGGCAUUUGUUCUCAGUGGAUCCUAAAACAUUUCCAGAUGAUAUCUACAAGGUGGUCAAUUAUAAGCACCCUCCUGUCACUUGCCGUGAUGCCAGUGAUUAGUGUUGAAACAGUAGAAGUCAACUCUAGAAUGGUCUAUUCUUGAACUGUGUAGGUGCCUCGCUAGGCUCAGCAAACGAGAGCACCCAUUGAGUGGGUUUUCUUUCAUUUCCCAUAUCAGAUCAGUCGUCUCACAUACCGGCACACCUACUGGUGCCACUCAUCUAGUAACACUUUGCAAAGAUCCUACACCAGCAAAUCCACCCAUCUCUCUUUUUUUUCUCCUUCUCAAAAUGAGGCAUGUGUACUGGAAAUUCUGAAAUCUUCCUCCCACUUCCUCAUGCUUGUGUCUUAUUGCAUGAGUUCCACGUCUGCUAGCCACCAUGAUUCAGUGUUAGCAAGUGUGGCGUGUGCUAAUAAGUUUCUUAAUAAUCAGCUUGUGGCAAAAAUAGAAAACUGUAUCGAAGGUAAGUCGGCUAAUCUGUACCUAAAACCGACUUUAGUAAAAGUUUAGUUUUUCUUUAUAGCCCUGAAAAGAGCUUUUAUUUUUUAAGAGACUGUUCUUCUUUGGGAUCCAAAUCCCUUGGUCCCGUAUGAUUACAAUGGUAAUCUAGGAGUCCAGAAUUGGUGUAUUGUCUGGGGCGGCGGGGGGGGCAUGAUUUAGGUUGAUGUGAGUAGUGGAAGCAUGGAAUGGAUAUCCAUUAAAGCUCAUAUGAUUGAUUUCAGUGUGGUAAGGGUUAAAUUUGGCUAUGUUGAGCUAUAAGAAUUAGCCCCUAGUUGUUGGUCACAGGAAAAGGGUUGUAAAUGAAGGCCUAUUUUACCAUGUUGAGUGUAAAGAAAAUCCGGUAGAGGCCUUUAAAACGGCUGUCUAGUUCCAGGUGUGUAUCUGACAGAUCUUAGAAUGUGACAAUAAGCUGGUUCGAGGAAAGCAAGGUGAAGUACUGAUAAGAAUGAGGAAUAGGCAAAGUCAAGGAUAGCAAUGGGUCAGUUCAAGCAGCUGGUUUGUAGAUGGAAUUCAGGCAGGAAGGUCUAAUAACAGGGAAUCAAUAAUAAGAGCAGGAGAAUGAGGCACAACUAGCAAGGAGAGGAAGCACAGUAGAACUGAGCAUGGAGGACUGGGGGAAUUUACAGGGAGGAGAGUAUAUACCCCCCUCCAUCACUGGCACUUUCCCAAACAUGUCCCCCACCCGUCUCCUUUAAGAUACACUCAGAUGCAGGCACAUGCCUAAGAAGCCAGGGUGCCAAGUGGAAUGAGCACAUAUCCCCCAGCAAUGAUGUAAAGCAUCAACCGUGCCAGACUAUGAGCUGUAGUGUCUUGCCAGAUACUGUGUGAACUUUCCUGGUCCUCAGAAAGACACCUCAUGGGGAGAGGCUCCGAUGCCCUCUCACCCGAUGAAUUGUAGAAAGAAGGGAGAGAUGUGGCGUGGGAGAGGUAAAAGAGCCACAGUCAGAGUGUGGACCUGACCGUACCUAGUUCUGAUGUUCAGUGAUCUUUAUUACUGGGUUCAGAUAAGUUGAGAAACAACACAGCACUUACAAAUGUAUAUAAAGAAAUAGUCACUCACUUUUAUUCACGUGUGUGUGAUAUAAUCCUUUAUUCAUGAUAUUAUCCUUAAUGAAACCUGAAAAAAAAAGUGCGGUUAUUCAUUUUGAGAACAAAAUCGAAUGUGCCCUUUUCUUACCAAAAACUAUUUUGCGACAGAUAUUCUGAUACUUCGCUUGUAGAUUGAGUGCAAGGACGUUUGUGUUGAUUUUCUUUUAAUAAAUGUUCCUUUAUUAAGUUCUGCCUCUUUAAUGUAUACGAAUCACAUUGCCAGAGGGACUUACAUAUGGUUUUUGAUUUUAAUUUGAAAAAGUAAAUAAUUUUAUUUCUAUUUAUUUUUAUAUGUGGCUACACAUACAAUGCAUAAACAGAUAUAUCAAUAUGCAAGUGUCAGCAGUUACAUACUCUCUUUUAUAUAAUAAUGCUCACAACAGACUAUAAGCAGAUUCAAAUGAAUAAAAAGCAGCUGUCAACUCUGCUGAGGUGAGGAGAAAACCACCAAGGAGCCACAUGAAAAUAUGACAUUAAGAACAACAAAUAAACUAGCUGAUAGAGCCUGAUAUUAAAGUCCUCCAAUAGCAAAACUUGUGCCAGGUUUAAGGAAAAAGAAAAAACGGUUUUGCCAAUUCCCAGGCUUGGAAAAAGCAGAAACCAUUUCUUUAAAAAAUUAAAAAUAACUGCGUUGACAAGUGUCCCAUGGUUCUAGUAUAAGCAGUAGCUCCAUCAAAAAGGUAUGGUGAUAAAGGCUCACCAGCUCCAAUAGCAACACUGACGUAGCAUCAUGACUGCUCCCACCGUAGCUAGAGCAGGACCAAGGCCUAUGCAUACUCUGUCACUAUCGUGAUAUGGGGGAUGGAUUCACAGCUGCGGCACAAGCAGUCCAGGACAGACUUCCUCCCACAGAUUUAACCCAUUGCCAGGGCCAGUGUAUCAUGAGGUGAACUCUGAGGUAAGGUGGGAUUCCUCAGCUCGGUGACAGGUUGUAGUCAAUAGGCUAAUGUCAUCCAGAACUUUGCAAAUAUCGCAUCCAAUGUAGAUGUAAUAGGUGUCUGACCUUGGAAUUCAGAACGACACAUGACGUCUACCAUAUCGGAUUAGGAGUUGUAAAUGCACAAUGAGGAUAGCAGGACACAGUCAUAUGAAAAUUCCCUGUCGAGGACCAGGAUAACCCCCACCAGUCUCUCUCCCAUCCAUGGGCUGCUCCAGGCUGCAAACGCAAAUUGGAAAACUCCAUGGUUGAGUCACUCCAGGGCCAGACCAGAGAGGUUUCUUAACUCUUUUAACGAGAAAUAGCUACAGAAAGCAGCAGAAAUAGCAUGCAAUUUGGACGUUGCUUCAGAGUAGACCCCUCCAACAUGCAGUCACCCUGCUCAGCAGUCAGGCUCGCCCCCGGUUUAUGAGUUUUUUAAUCUGAUUUGUUUUUUAAAUAACCCAAGAGGCUCAAGUAAUAAAUUGUCUGGGUGGUGGCAACUUUAAUACUAAAAUAGGUGAGGGUGGUGUUAAGAGGAAUUUGUAUCAUUAUUUUGGGUCUAGUGCAGACUAAUACGAAUUUUUAACUCUUACCCACUGAAGCAAGUCAUGUGCCUGUCUGGGAGUAGUGGUGUUCCUGACAGCCUGAGCUUAACAGAGAAUUUCACCAGAUCACCCAAUCAAGACUGUUUACCAAUCUCAUGGUUUUAAAUUGGUCUCUUUAUUAGUUGAUGCAAAAUAAAUACAUUUAGUAUUCUUCUAAAAGUUUUACAUUCCAUAAUUAAGACUCAAUAUGUCAUGCAGACACUUUUAAAAAAAAUCUAGGUAAUACCCUGUGUAUCACUCAUGUCUCAAGGAAAGUCCCCAAAAAACAUGGUUUCUUUGGGCAAUUUGAAAUAUUUGAAAAGGGCAUUUUAAGCAUCCAAGCACCAUAACCACUAGAGUUAAUUUAGCAUAUUUCAAAUGAAUUGGCCAUAUUGAAAUUGCAUCACAUUUGUUCAGUGCACACUGACCGCUACUAAUUAAAUAAAAUAAAAAAAUGUACGUGUAGAGUCCUGAGAACAGCACGUGAAGUCACAAGCCAACCAGGAUGUUUGAUUUUCUGUUCAGCUUCAAAGAUUUGACAGAGCAGAAAAGAGAGAACAUCAUUCUUUGCAGCCCUAAGGAUGUUGAGUGUCUGCAAUACCCGAGGGAAGCAAACAAUGGCUAUACAUUUUUUAUGUGCUUUGAUCGUGUUACUAAGAAGUGCAACCUGCAUCUUGCAACUUACUUGCUGUAUCAGUAUAAGAACAAUUAAUCAGAAGAGUAAAAAAUAUCGGUGCCUUUAUCUUUCCCAAGCAUUGUGUUGGGAUGUAAUAUAUGUAGAAUGUGUGAACAAGUCUUAUAAUUACCUCACUCCUAGACCUAAUCCUUUCCUCAUUAUGGAGCUUGAUCUAAAGUAUUCUCUUUUAUGGUUGAUGAAGAAAAUAUACGUAUUCACUAGAGCCCAUUAACAAAUAUUAGGUGGAUUGUUUCCCAUCUAGGCAUUUGUUCUCAGUGGAUCCUAAAACAUUUCCAGAUGAUAUCUACAAGGUGGUCAGUUAUAAGCACCCUCCUGUCACUUGCCGUGAUGCCAGUGGUUAGUGUUGAAACAGUAGAAGUCAACUCUAGAACGGUCUAUUCUUGAACUGUGUAGGUGCCUCGCUAGGCUCAGCAAACGAGAGCACCCAUUGAGUGGGUUUUCUUUCAUUUCCCAUAUCAGAUCAGUCGUCUCACAUACCGGCACACCUACUGGUGCCACUCAUCUAGUAACACUUUGCAAAGAUCCUACACCAGCAAAUCCACCCAUCUCUCUUUUUUUUCUCCUUCUCAAAAUGAGGCAUGUGUACUGGAAAUUCUGAAAUCUUCCUCCCACUUCCUCAUGCUUCUGUCUUAUUGCAUGAGUUCCACGUCUGCUAGCCACCAUGAUUCAGUGUUAGCAAGUGUGGCGUGUGCUAAUAAGUUUCUUAAUAAUCAGCUUUUCUUUAUAGCCCUGAAAAGAGCUUUUAGUUUUUUGAAGAGACUGUUCUUCUUUGGGAUCCAAAUCCCUUGGUCCCGCAUGAUUACAAUGGUGUGAUUUUUCUAGGAGUCCAGAAUUGGUGUAUUGACCGGGGUGGGGGGCAUGAUUUAGGUUGAUGUGAAUAGUGGAAGCAUGGAAUGGUUAUCCAUUAAAGCUCAUAUGAUUGAUUUCAGUGUGGUAAGGGUUAAAUUUGGCUAUGUUGAGCUAUAAGAAUUAGCCCCUAGUUGUUGGUCACAGGAAAAGGGUUGUAAAUUAAGGCCUAUUUUACUAUGUUGAGUGUAAAGAAAAUCCGGUAGAGGCAUUUAAAACGGCUGUCUAGUUCCAGGUCUGUAUCUGUCAGGAUUGUGUGUAGACAGAUCUUAGAAUGUGACAAUAAGCUGGUUCGAGGAAAGCAAGGUGAAGUACUGAUAAGAAUGAGGAAUAGGCAAAGUCAAGGAUAGCAAUGGGUCAGUUCAAGCAGCUGGUUUGUAGAUGGAAUUCAGGCAGGAAGGUCUAAUAACAGGGAAUCAAUAAUAAGAGCAGGAGAAUGAGGCACAACUAGCAAGGAGAGGAAGCACAGUAGAACUGAGCAUGGAGGACUGGGGGAAUUUAUAGGGAGGAGAGUAUAUACCCCCCUCCAUCACUGGCACUUUCCCAAACAUAUCCCCCACCCUUCUCCUUUAAGAUACACUCAGAUGCAGGCACAUGCCUAAGAAGCCAGGGUGCCAAGUGGAAUGAGCACAUAUCCCCCAGCAAUGAUGUAAAGCAUCAACUGUGCCAGACUAUGAGCUGUAGUGGCUUGCCAGAUACUGUGUGAGCUUUCCUGGUCCUCAGAAAGACACCUCAUGGGAAGAGGCUCCGAUGCCCUCUCACCCGAUGAAUUGUAGAAAGAAGGGAGAGAUGUGGCGUGGGAGAGGUAAAAGAGCCACAGUCAGAGUGUGGACCUGACCGUACCUAGUUCUGAUGUUCAGUGAUCUUUAUUACUGGGUUCAGAUAAGUUGAGAAACAACACAGCACUUACAAAUGUAUAAAUAGAAAUAGUCACUCACUUUUAUUCACGUGUGUGUGAUAUAAUCCUUUAUUCAUGAUAUCCUUAAUGAAACCUGAAAAAAAAGUGUGGUUAUUAAUUUUGAGAACAAAAUCGAAUGUGCCCUUUUCUUACCAAAAACUAUUUUGCGACAGAUAUUCUGAUACUUCGCUUGUAGAUUGAGUGCAAGGACGUUUGUGUUGAUUUUCUUUUAAUAAAUGUACCUUUAUUAAGUUCUGCCUCUUUACUGUAUACGAAUCACAUUGCCAGAGGGACUUAUAUAUGGUUUUUGAUUUUAAUUUGAAAAAGUAAAUAAUUUUAUUUCUAUUUAUUUUUAUAUGUGGCUACACAUACAAUGCAUAAACAGAUAUAUCAAAAUGCAAGUGUCAGCAGUUACAUACUCUCUUUUAUAUAAUAAUGCUCACAACAGACUAUAAGCAGAUUCAAAUGAAUAAAAAGCAGCUGUCAACUCUGCUGAGGUGAGGAGAAAACCACCAAGGAGCCACAUGAAAAUAUGACAUUAAGAACAACAAAUAAACUAGCUGAUAGAGCCUGAUAUUAAAGUCCUCCAAUAGCAAAACUUGUGCCAGGUUUAAGGAAAAAGAAAAAACGGUUUUGCCAAUUCCCAGGCUUGGAAAAAGCAGAAACCCUUUCUUUAAAAAAUUAAAAAUAACUGCGUAAUAUGUUGACAAGUGUCCCAUGGUUCUAGUAUAAGCAGUAGCUCCAUCAAAAAGGUAUGGUGAUAAAGGCUCACCAGCUCCAAUAGCAACACUGACGUAGCAUCAUGACUGCUCCCACCGUAGCUAGAGCAGGACCAAGGCCUAUGCAUACUCUGUCACUAUCGUGAUAUGGGGGAUGGAUUCACAGCUGCAGCACAAGCAGUCCAGGACAGACUUCCUCCCACAGAUUUAACCCAUUGCCAGGGCCAGUGUAUCAUGAGGUGAACUCUGAGGUAAGGUGGGAUUCCUCAGCUCGGUGACAGGUUGUAGUCAAUAGGCUAAUGUCAUCCAGAACUUUGCAAAUAUCGCAUCCAAUGUAGAUGUAAUAGGUGUCUGACCUUGGAAUUCAGAACGACACAUGACGUCUACCAUAUCGGAUUAGGAGUUGUAAAUGCACAAUGAGGAUAGCAGGACACAGUCAUAUGAAAAUUCCCUGUCGAGGACCAGGAUAACCCCCACCAGUCUCUCUCCCAUCCAUGGGCUGCUCCAGGCUGCAAACGCAAAUUGGAAAACUCCAUGGUUGAGUCACUCCAGGGCCAGACCAGAGAGGUUUCUUAACUCUUUUAACGAGAAAUAGCUACAGAAAGCAGCAGAAAUAGCAUGCAAUUUGGACGUUGCUUCAGAGUAGACCCCUCCAACAUGCAGUCACCUUGCUCAGCAGUCAGGCUCGCCCCCGGUUUAUGAGUUUUUUAAUCUGAUUUGUUUUUUAAAUAACCCAAGAGGCUCAAGUAAUAAAUUGUCUGGGUGGUGGCAACUUUAAUACUAAAAUAGGUGAGGGUGGUGUUAAGAGGAAUUUGUAUCAUUAUUUUGGGUCUAGUGCAGACUAAUACGAAUUUUUAACUCUUACCCACUGAAGCAAGUCAUGUGCCUGUCUGGGAGUAGUGGUGUUCCUGACAGCCUGAGCUUAACAGAGAAUUUCACCAGAUCACCCAAUCAAGACUGUUUACCAAUCUCAUGGUUUUAAAUUGGUCUCUUUAUUAGUUGAUGCAAAAUAAAUACAUUUAGUAUUCUUCUAAAAGUUUUACAUUCCAUAAUUAAGACUCAAUAUGUCAUGCAGACACUUUUAAAAAAAAUCUAGGUAAUACCCUGUGUAUCACUCAUGUCUCAAGGAAAGUCCCCAAAAAACAUGGUUUCUUUGGGCAAUUUGAAAUAUUUGAUGAUAGGUCUCUGGGUUUGAAAAUAUGACAUUGCAGAGAGUGUGCAUGUGUGUACAUUGGGCAAAAUAGCUGAGUGAUUUGAAGUACUUGAGAACGGUAUGAUACAUACAGAGAAAAUAAUUGAGUGGUGUACUACCCUUCCUGUAUUGACGCCAUGUUAUCAUUUCACUUUUCUUACAGGACAGGUGGCACCAGUUGAAGGAACAGCCUUUGAUUUAAGGACACCAGUUGAACUUGAAAAUCAUAUAAAGAAUUUCAAUUUAAAUGGUUUCGAUCACAACUUUUGUUUGGCGGUAAACAAUGAACUAAAGCAGUGUGCAAGGUAAUAUUUCCUGAUCAAUCAUGGCAGCAUUUAUUUAUGGGUUGGCUCCUCCCCUUACAGCAGAAAGGACAGAAAAUAGAAUUCUGAAAUAGGUAUACAUAGAUCCUCCCCCUUCCCAUCAGGCAGUCUUUUUUCCUGUCCUUCACAGCAGUUUGGAAGGAGUCUGCUUAUGCAGGCCUAGAUUUUUCUUUUAUGCUCACCAGGCAAUAUUUUUGUAGCCUUGCCGGGGUUCAGCCUCUAAGCCCUGAAGACCCAGCAAUGCACUAUUGUAAAAGUGGCUAGUCUUUUAGUGACCGGGGGUCAGACCCAACCUCUCCCCCUGAGUGGAUGAAAAUGGUCCACAGCAUGCCAGGGUUCAGCCUCUUAUCCCUGAAGACCCAGCAACAGCAUAUCUCUGAGUCGCCAGCCUGGGUAACCCCUCAGGGGAUGAAUGUGAUCUACUGCCUACAUGAAGCCAUUCCAAGGUUCAGCCUCCCAACCCUGAAGACCCAGCAAACAGCACAUCUGUAAGAGUUGCCAGCCUGGGUACCUCCUUCAGCAACCAGGGGUCUGUCCUAUCUCUCUCCCUGAGGUGAUGACAGCGGUCUACUGCAUACACGAGGCCCAACCGAGUCCAAGCCUUUAUCCCUGAAGACCCAGUAAACCGCACCUCCAUAGGGUGAAUACCUGGGUAUGCCUCUUCUAUGUAUUCCACCUUGUCUUGGGUUUGGUUUAAAUCUUCUCCCACUGGUGAUGACAAAUGGCAUAUGGGGUACAGAUGGAAGCCUAUAGUUUAAACAGUUUAGGCUGUCAGUUGUUCAAAUCCCCAUUUUGCCGCUGAAACACAGGCCUGCAGCUGUUCAGGUAAGUGCAUUAGUAAUUUAGAUUAAAACUAGUAUAGGCACCUGGGUCUCUGUUCUUAUAGUCCCUCCCAGCUGCUUACAUUAGGCUUCCUUCUAACAAAUAGGUCACAUUUAGGAGGUUUGUGUGGUGAACAUCUAGGUAGGUUUAUACACGAAAGGAUGCAAAAGAGUGCUGGUAAUGCAAUGAGACAUUGUGCAAAAGCGUGCUGAUAAUGGAUAUCCUGGCUGUAUAAAGUCUGCUGGAAUUCCACAGUCCUGAAGACAGAGAAAUAUCCAAGGUAAGAGAAAACUUUCCUGGAUGACUGAUUAAAGUACACACAUGUAUAUGACAGGUUAGAAUCUAGCUCUAAGUCCACACAGACACUGGUUUCUAUCAAGGCAUGUGGCAUUGAUUGCUGUUAUCAGUGCAUUAUAGCAAAUAGCAUGCUUUUUCAGAGAGUGGAAGAAAAUAUACCGCAUAUUAGACCACUGGGCCUCAGUAUCUGUACAUGAACUGGUUUGUGGCACAGCAUCAGUAUGUUUCCACUAUAUGCUCUAUGUAUGAAUUGGUAUGAAGACUCAGUCUCAGUGUGUGUGUGUGUCCAGUAUAUGCUCUAUGUAUGAGUUUCUAUGAGGACAUAGCCUCAGUAUAACUAUCAACUAUAUGCUCAAUGUAUGGGUUACUAUGAUGACACCGCCUCAGCCUCAUGUGUGAGUUGGUCUGAAGACUCAGCCUCAGUAUAUGUCCUCUACAUGCUCUAUAUGUAAGUUGGUGUGAAGACAUUGCUUCAGUAUAUGUGUCCACUAUAUGCUGGAUGUAUCGGUGGAAACACAACAAUAUGUGAAUGAUAUAGGACACAUCCUCUAUAUAUGAGUCCAAUCUAAUACAAGCUCUGUGUGUGGAUUGCUGUUAUUCACAACCUCAGUAUAUGUGAGUGGUAUAAUCUGUGCAUGAAGUUGUGUGAAAACACAGCCCCAAUUUAUCUCACUCAUAUAAUCUUAACCCCUUCAGGACCGUCAGCGGUAAAACGUGCAUUUGGACCGCUGACGGUCCUGAACCAUCAUAGCGAAAAACGGGCUGCUGUAACUACCUGCCAGACAUCCCAGGCAGAUAGUAACAGCCAAUUGCGGCGUGUGAGCGAUCCGUGAUCGCUCACAAUUGGCUGCUGUCAAAGUGGGUGUUACAAACACUCACUUUGACAGUGAUCUCUGCCCCUCUCUCCUCUGUAGCGUUUUGUGAGGCGAGAGAGACAGAGAUCGUGAUAGUUUUUUGCAGUAGAAGUGUUCCAGAGCUUUAUACAGUAUCUAAAGUGAAUUAAAAAAUCCUUUUUAACCCCUUACCUGCCAGAUCUGUUACAGCAGUGCAUUUGUACUGUCUGUAUUUUUUUUUUUUGCCCUUAAAGGGUUAAAUUUGUUUUAAAAAUCUGUGUUUUGGUCUGUCUUGGUCUUUCUUAGUCUGUCAGUUUCCUUCCCCCAAAUCUCCAUUAGAUUUUUGUGACAGGAGUUAGUUUAGGGAUUGCUGUUUAGUCUGUUUUAGUAGAAAAAAAAAAAGUAUAAAUUUUUUUUUGUGUGUUUGUAAUUAGUUUUAGUCGUGUGUAAAACAUGCAGCCUAUGUAUAACUUGCAGGAGGCAUAUGCCUUCUUGGCGUCAGACUCUGACGCCACUGACACUGCGUCAGAUUUUGACCCAGAUCAGUUUUCUGACACGUCUAGUCAAGACGACAUGUCAUCUGUGUGUGAGCCGGCUGAAGAAAGAAGCUGUGCUUCCUCUGCUACGCCGAAUGUGGAGGAGGACUGGGUACCUCCACAGUUAGCCCAGCCCAACGUCCCCCCUUCUAGUGCCAACGCAGGCAUUAAUGUUAAUGUGGAUGGCUUCUCCCCAAUGCAGUAUGUAGAACUAUUUUUAGGGGAUACCAUCUGGGAGGAGAUUGCUUCCCAGACUAACUUGUAUGCUACCCAAUUUAUUGAUAACAAUCCAGGUAGCUAUACAGUCAGGGAGCAUGACUGGCAUCCCACAGAUGUCCCAGAGCUUAAAAAAUUCUGGGCUCUUACAAUGCUCAUGGGGAUUAUAAAGAAGCCAUCGAUUCGCUCAUACUGGAGCACCAACCUAAUAAUGUCUAGUCCAGUAUUCUCCCAAACCAUGCCUAGAGCCAGAUAAGAGUUACUGCUGAGAUUUUUACAUUUUAGUGACAAUACCCUCUGUCACCCUAGAGAUCACCCCCAAUACGAUAGGCUUCAUAAAAUACGCCCACUGCUAGACCAUUUUCAGGAAUCGCUAAUGAAAUUCAAAGGGAGAUUAGGGUUCAGACAAUACAUCACCUCAAAGCGCUCUAGGUAUGACAUAAAACUGUACAAACUGUGCGAGAGCGAAAGUGGAUACACGUUUGCCUUUCGUGUAUAUGAGGGGAAAGAUGGUCAACUGGACCCUCCUGGCUGUUCUGACUCCCUGGGGACGAGUGGGAAACUUGUAUGGGACCUACUAAACCCCUUGUUUAAUAAAGGUUACCACCUUUAUGUGGAUAAUUUUUAUAGUAGUGUACAGACUACUGGUGUACAAACACUGGCCUGCGGCAUUGCCAGAAAAAAUUUAAAAGACUUUCCACGCUCUCUCAUAGAGGCAAGAUUAAAAAAAGGCAAAUAUAAAGACAACUGCUAGAAAAAAAAAAAACAGAAACGUUGCCAGGUCUGUUUUAAAAACGGGAAAAGGACAGACACCCCUUUUCACUGUCCUGAUUGCCCUUCGAAACCAGGACUGUGUGUAGGAACAUGUUUCAAGCUGUACCACACAGAACAGUUGUAAGAAGUGUUCCUGAAUUUUUAUUUUAUUUUUUGUUUCUUUGGAAAGCAGACAUUUUUUUGUUAGUCAGUUUCCUUCCCCGAAAUCUCCAGUUAGUUUCUAUUUGCAGGAGUCAGUUUAAAGAUUGCUGCUAAGUGUACAUUUGCUACCUGCACAUUUGGUCUAACAAGUUUUCUGGCACUAACACAUAACCAGCUGACCAAAACCAGAUGACGUGUGCAUAAAAACCAGAAUUAAAAAAUUACCAUUACACUUUCUUUGGGGGAAAGAAGUCAAAACACCCCAUCUUCUUUAACCUUUGAUGUCUACUUUAUAAAAAUAUAUACUAUAUGUACUGUCAUGAUGGUAACAUUAACUGGGGGGUGCAAAAAUAUGUCAAACUGAAGAUAGACCAAGCAUACCUAUAUAUCAAGUUGAAAAACUGACAUGUACAAGUUCUGAUUGUUGCCUUUUGGCCCCCAAUAAACCCAGCAACUCUAUACAUGGGGGGUAUCACUGUACUCGGGAGAUGUUGCUGAACAUAUUGGGCAGUGUUUGGCAGUGACACAUAACAGGAUAUGUUAAUUCAUGCCUAAAGUACAAUGUGUGUGACAAAGAAACAAAAAAAAUUACUACCCAAAAGUUUGACAAAGGCUGGUGGUAGAAUUCAGUGCAUGAAAAGUGUUAAAAUACCACCAUUUAAAAUACCCUGGGUUGUCUACUUUUCAAAAAUAUAUGGUUUGAUGGGGGUAAAAUACAUUGGCUCAAAUGGGACAUGGGCGCAGGUUGAUUACAUGUCAAAAUUCCAAGUUGGGAAACUGAUAAGCGCACCUGCCAAACGUGGCCUUUUAGCCCCAGACAGGCCUAUGCAUGGGUGGAUCACUGUACUCAGGAGAUCUUGCUGAACACAUAUUGGGGUGUUGUUUGGCAGUGACACAUAACAGGAUCUGUUAAUUCAUGCCUAAAGUACAAUGUGUCAAAAAAACUGAAUUUUGUUUUACUAACUCAAUGUUUGACAAAGCCUGGUGGUAGAAUUAGUGCAUGGAAAGUGUUAAAAUACCACCAUGUGAAAUACCCUAGGGUGUCUACUUUUCAAAAAUAUAUGGAUUGAUGGCGGUAAAAUACAUUGGCCGCCUUCAAAAAUUUCCCAAAUAGGACAUGCAUGCAGGUUGACUACAUGUCAAAAUUCCAAGCUGGGAAACUGAUAUGCGUACCUGCAAAAUGUGGCCUUUUAGCCCCCCAACAACCCAACACACCUAUACAUGGGGGGUAUCCCUGUACUCGGGAGAUGUUGCUGAACACAUAUUGGGGUGUUGUUUGGUAGUGACACCUAACAGAAUCUGUAAAUUUAUACCUGAAUUGGAAUGUAUGUGAAAAAAAAAUAAACUACCUAUGCAAAGUUUGGCAAAGGUUUGUGGUAAAAUGGCUGCAUAGAAAGUAUCAAAAUAUUCUUAGAUGAAUACCCCGGGUUAUCUAGUUUAAGAAAAAUAUAUACAUGUGGGGUGUUUUUUUGGAGAUUUAUGACAUAACGGUGUUACAAUGUCACUAUUGAUACAUUUGAAAAAUGUACAUUUUGAAACAGCAAUUUCCUACUUGUACUUAUAGCCCUAUAACUUGCAAAUAGAAGCAAAAAAACACAUAAACAUUCGGUGUCUUUAAACUCAGGACAAAAUUUUGAAUAUCAGUUUGUAGAUCAGUAAAAGAUUUUGUAAGUAAAAUUCAAAAAACUUUUUUUUUCACCAUAUUUUUUUACAUUUUUUUAUUAUAUGACAUGAUAAAAAUAAAAGUAUGUAAAGAAAGCCCUUUUUGUCCUGAAAAAAACAAUAUAUAAUUUGUAUCGGAACAGUAAAUGAGAGAGCGGAAAAUUACAGCUAAACACAAACACCACAAAAGUGUUAAAAUAGCUCUUCAGGACGGAGUCAAUAGUACACGUUCUGUUCAAAAUAAAACGUAAACAAAAAACGGAAUUUGCUCUAUAUGUCUUUUAACCCCUUAAGGACACAGCUUCAGAAGCUUGACUUACGCUUAAUGACACAAGCAAUUUUUGCAUUUUCUUGCUGUUUGCGUUCAACUGCAAUUUGCAUCUCUCUCAUUUAUUGCACCGACACAUAUUAUAUACUGUUUUUUAAAGGACAGAAAGGGCUUUAAUUUGAUAUAACAUAUAUAUAUAUAAAUGCUUACUUAUUAUAAAAAAAAUACAGAAAAAUGCAAAAAAAAUGAAAAAUAUUGUUUGUUUUUUUUACAGUUUUUGCAAUAAUAAUGUGUGCAUAAUUAGUGCAGGUUAAGGAAAGUAAUUAAAAAUAAAUUUAUUUAUUUGUUCUGAUUUACAGAAUAUAUAAUGUGUCUGGGAUUUUAAGUUUUUUUUGGUAGUUACAGGUCACAAAGCACAAGGAGUAAAAUAAAAUUUUAAUGUGGAGCGAUUUUAGAAUUUGGUAUGUUUGUCUUGUAAGCUUAAUAGCCAUAAAAGAAAACAAAAUUGCCACACAAAAGUAAAUAUUUAUAUAAAGUAGACAUCACGGGCUAUUUACCUAAGGUUGUUUUGACACUUUCUACGUAGCCAUUUCACCGCCAACCUCUGCUAAAUAUUGGAGUAAAAUUGUGUUCUUUUUGGUUUUUGGCACACAAACUUAUAACAGAGAAAUUCUCGUGUAUAUUUUGUAAAGUUGGUGUGUGCUAUUCCUGUACAAAGUUUUAUUUUGUGUUCAGUUACAUCUGCUGAGUAAAAUGACACCCCCAUUGUAUGUCUUUUGCACUAUUUCGUGAAGUUACAGUGCCAUACAGGAUACAUGUCCUUUUCAGUAUUCACAGUAGAAUUUUGAGAGAUGAAUUUAAUGAGCCUUAGCUUCCAUUUGGGGUAUGAUAACAGUUUGACUGUUCAAAAAAACCCCACAAAGGCCUACCAUUUGUAAAAGUAGACACUCCAGGGUAUCUUAUAAGGUGCAUAUUGUGCCUUAACAUGCCCCCAUUUUUUCACCAAUAUAUGCCAAAGUAUGUGGUAAAAAAAAAAUUUGUGGAUUUUUUACAUACGGAUUGCAUUUUUGCUGGGCGUUUUGUAUAUUUCAUAUGUGCCACUAAGUUCAAACCCCCCAAAUUAUGCUCAGCUAAGUCUUCUGAGAAAAAUGACACCCCAUAUGAAUGUCUUUGGCACUAUUUCGUGAAGCUACAGUGCCAUAUAGGAGACCUGUCCUUUACAGUAUUCACAGUAGAAUUUUGAGAGACGGAUUUAAUGAGCCUUAGCUUCCAUUUGGGGUAUUAUAACAGUUUGACUGUUCAAAAAAACCCCACAAAGGCCUACCAUUUGUAAAAGUAGACACUCCAGGGUAUCUCAUAAGGUGCAUAUUGUGCCUUAACAUACCCCCAUUUUUUCACCAAUAUAUGCCAAAGUAUGUGGUAAAAAAAUUAUUUUGUGCAUUUUUUACAUACGGAUUGCAUUUUUGCUGGGCGUUUUGUAUAUUUCAUAUGUGCCACUAAGUUCAAACCUCCCAAAUUAUGCUCAGCUAAGUCUUUUGAGUAAAAAUACACCCCCAAUGAAUGUCUUUGUCACUAUUUUGUGAAGCUACAGUGCCAUAUAGGAGACCAAGCCAUAUCCGUUUUUACCAAACUUUGAAUUUUGACGCUGGGCCUAUGUGCAAUUUCCAAGCAUCUUCGCAGGUUUUAAAUUCAAUCUACCCCACAAAGGCCUACCAUUUCUUAAAGUAGACACCCCAGGGUGUUUCAAAAGGUAUAGUUUGAACCUUAGCGUGGGAUCAUUUUUCCGCUAGCUUGUACCAGAUGUAGUGGUAAUAAGCAUUUUUUCUGCCUUUUUGACAUACAAAGUGAGUUUGCACAGUAUAUUUUGCAAACCUUAUGUGUGCUACGACUGUAUAAUACUUCAUAUGUUGCUCAGCUAUGUCGGCUGAGUACAGCAAUACCCCCGUAUGUACCUUUGCCAGGUAUGUGUGGACAUCGGAGGGGCACAUUUGGGACACAGCCAUUCCAGUUUUUUUCAAACUUUGAAUUUUUAUGCUGUGCCUAUGUCCCAUUUUAGAGUAUUUUACCAGGCUAUAUAAUCCAAAUUCCCCAUAAAGCCAUACCAUUUCUUAAAGAAGACAUCCCAGGGUAUUUCAAAAAGGCAUAUUUUGAACCUCAGCGUGGGAUCAUUUUUCCGCUAGCUUGUACCAAGUGUAGUGGUAAUAAGCAUUUUUCUGCCUUUUUGACAUACAAAGUGAGUUUGCACAAUAUAUUUUGCAAACCUUAUGUGUGCUACGACUGUAUAAUACUUCAUAUGUUGCUCAGCUAUGUCGGCUGAGUACAGCAAUACCCCCGUAUGUACCUUUGCCAGGUAUAUGUGGAUGUUGAAGGGGCGCAUUUGAGACGCAGCCAUUCAGUUUUUUUCUAACUUUGAAGUUUUACGCUGUGUCCAUGUUCCAAUUUGGAGUAGUUUAGACGGUUGGUUAUUGAAACUUCCCCACAAACACAUACUAUUUAUUAAAGAAUACACCCUGGGGUAAUUCAAAAGGCAUAUUUUGAACCUUGGCGUGGGAUAAUUUUUUCUCUAGUUUGUUCCAGGUGUAGUGGUAAUGAGCGUUUUUAAAAUGUAUUUUUUUACUUUUUAUAACUUUUUUACUUUUAAAAACUAGUUUUUAAACUUUUGUUUUGCUUAUAAAUUUUUUUUAAACUUUCCUAAACUUUCUUAAAACUUUUUUACAGAUUUAACAUUUUUCUAAGCUAUUUUUUUUACUGUUAACCCCUAACUAGCAGUACGCAGCACUAACAGUAAAUUCCCCAUUUUCCCAUAACUCCCACCCACCCCAGCUAGCAAAAUAUAUAGUUAUAAAAUAUUUAAAUUAAUUAAUUAAAUAAAUUGAACCCCUGAGGGUUAAAAAAAUAAAUAAAAGUUAAUCCUCAGGGGUUAAAAAAAAUUAGAUCACAGUAUAAUACUGUGAUCUCUAUUUGAUCGCUGUAGGCAGUGAUCGACUGGCAGGGAAGGGGUUAAUUUUUAUUUGGACUAGGUAAAGUGUGUUUUUUGUUUUUAUUACUUAAAUGUUAUUAAAACAUUUUUUAAGCUUAAUUUUUAACUUUUUAAAGUUUCUUUUAAAACUUUUUUUAACGUUAACCCCUAGUUAGCCUAACGCCAAAUCCCCCAAUUCCCCACUAACUUCCACCCACCCCAGCUAUCUAAAUAUAUAAUUUAAAAAUAAUUUAAUUAAUUAAUUUAAUUAAUUUAACCCCUGAGGGUUAAAAAAAAAAGAAUUAACCCUCAGGGGUUAAAAAAAAAAUCAGAUCAUAGUAAAAUGUAAUCCCUGCCAAUUGAUCACUGUAGUCAGUGAUCAAUUGGCAGGGAAGGGGUUAAUUUUUUAUUAAAAUGGGUAAGGGGGGGGACACUUUAAAUUAACUUUAUUUUUUUUUCCAGCAGGGGGCAGGAUCAGCACUGAUCCGGCUCCCUGCACUUCACACAGAACCCGGAAGUGCAGGGAGCCGGUAGGUGAGUAUACAGAGCACAUGUGCUCGCUCAGACUUGUGGUCAGAGCGAGCACAUGUGCUGGGCAGACUUGGCCGGGUGCUCCCGGUAUGCCUCCAAUGCAGAGGCAUACCGGGAGCACCAUUAACCCCGCGAUCGCCGCGAUAGCGGCGAUCCGGGGUUAAUUUUACCGCGUGACGGACGAGGUCCGUCACCCGUCGUUAAGGGUCUCCCCUGUGUGACGGACCUCGUCCGUCACCCGUCCUGAAGGGGUUAAACCGUAAUUCACCGCUGUCACAUUAAGUGCACCCACACUUAUUAUAUAUAAUUUUGUUCAGGAGAAACAGGGCUUUCAUUUAUCAUUAAUUAUUCAUAUAUGGAACAUAAUUUAUUAUGAAUAAAAUUUUAAAAAAUGUGAGAAAAUAAGAUUUUUUUUUAAAAUUUCUAUUUCCGUCUGACAUUUUGGCUGUUAAUGUCUGAAUACUGUUAGGUUUUAGUGCAAAAAAAUGCACAUAUUUGUAAUCAGCGAUCUCUUACGAGUACAACAGUACCCCCCAUUUUAUGGUGUUUUGGAAAGUUACAGGGUCAAAUAUAGAAUGUUCCAUUUUCAAAUUGAAAUUUGCCAGAUUAGUAAUGUUACCUUUGAGAUGGUGUGGUAGCCCAGGAAUGAGAAUUACUCCCAUAAUGGCAUACCAUUUGAAAAAGUAGACAACCCAAGGUAUUAAAAGUGGGGGUAUGUUUAGUCUUUUUUAGUAGCCACUUAGUCACAAACACUGGCCAAAGUUAGCAUUCAUAUUUGUUUUUGUGUGAAAAAAGAAAAAAACUAAUAUUUGACCAGUGUUUGUGACUAAGUGGCUACUAAAAAAGGCUGAACAUACCCCAUUUGCAAUACCUUGGGUUGUCUUCUUUUGCAAAUGGUAUGCCAUCGUGGGGGUAAUUCUCAUUCCUGGGCUACCAUACGCUCUCAAAGACAACCUAACCAAUCUGACAAAUUUCAAUAAAAAAAAAAAAAAGUAAAUGGGGGGUACUGUUCUACUCGGGAAACUUCACUGAACACAGAUAUUAGUGUUUCAAAACAGUAAAAUGUAUUACAACGAUGAUAUCGCCAGUAAAAGUGACGUUUUUCACGCACAAACAGCACUUACACGGAUGAUAUUAUUGCUGCGAUACUUUUUACUGUUUUGAAACACAAAUAUUUGUGUUCAGCUAAGUCUCCCGAGUACAACAGUACCCCUCAUGUACAGGUUUUAUGGUGUUUUCAAAAGUUACAGCGUCAAAUAUAAGGCUUGUGUUUCAUUUUUUUCACAUUAAAAUUCGCCAGAUUGGUUACGUUGCCUUUGAGACCUUAUGGUAGCCCAAGAUUGAAAAUUACCCCUAUGAUGGCAUACCAUUUGCAAUAGUAGACAACCCAAGGUAUUGCAAACGGGGUAUGUCCAGUCUUUUUUAGUAGCCACUUAGUCACAAACACUGGCCAAAAUUGGCGUUUUUUGCAUUUUUCACACACAAAUACUAAUGCUAACUUUGGCCAGUGUUUGUGACCAAAUGGCUACUAAAAAAGACUGGACAUACCCCAUUUGCAAUACCUUGGGUUGUCUACUAUUGCAAAUGGUAUGCCAUUAUGGGUGUAAAUUUCAUUCCUGGGCUACUAUACAGUCUCAAAGGCAACGUUACCAAUCUGGCGAAUUUCAAUUUGAAAUGUAACGUGCUAUAUUUGACCCUGUAAUUUCCCAAAACGCCAUAAAACCUGUACAUAGGGGGUACUGUCUUACACGUGAGACUUUGCUGAAUACAAAUAUGUGUAUUUUAUUGCAGUAAAAGCAAACAGUAUUAUGACAUGGACCGUUAAAAUGUCAUGUAGAACUGAAUUUUUUUUUUUUUAAAUCGUAUUUUCUCCCAUUUUUUUUCAUAUUAAAUUACGUGUCAUAGCUAAAUAUUUGAUAUUAAAUGAAAGCCCUGUUUCCCCUGAAUAAAAUGAUAUAUAAUAAGGGUGGGUGCAUUUACUAUGAAAGAGGUGAAUUACGGUUGGACAGACAUGUAGCGCAAAUGCCAGGUUUUGUUUACAUUUUGUUUUGUUCACAACGUGUACAUUUGGCUCAGUCCUUAAGGGGUUAAACUCAGUACAACAUUUUGAAUCUAUUUAGCAGUUUUUUUCAUUAGCUUUUGUAGAUAAGUAAAAGAUUUUUCAAGUAAAAGUCCAAAAACAUGUUUUUUUUUCCUUCAAUUUUUCACCAUAUUUUAUUAUUUUUUUUAAAUAAAAUAUAUGACAUGAUACAAAUAAUGGUAUGUAAAGAAAGCCCUUCUUGUCCUGAAAAAAAAUAUAUAUAAUUUGUAUGGGAACCGUAAAUGAGAGAGCGGAAAAUUACAGCUAAACACAAACACCACAAAAGUGUCAAAACUGCUCUGGUCCUUAACGUACAACAUCGCAAAAACAGGCUGGUCCUUAAGGGGUUAAAUUAAGUAGAUAAGAGAGACAUACUGCCUUUGGCUUUGCAUUAGAUUUCUCCCACAGGUGCUUCAGGAUAAGCAAUUAACACAAUUAACCACUUCAGAUAUAUUGCAGGUGUUACUGAACCUGUCUGUGUGCCUCUCCCAGGAGAGAAGGAGAUCUGAUUUCCAAAAUGGAGCAUGGUAAUGUUUAACAGAGUUAAUGCUUUUUUUGUGUGCACACCUAUGUAUUUACACAGGAGAUAAUUCUACAAAAGUUUUUCUAUUGCCAGGUAUUAUCUCCUCUCUGAUCAAGAUAGGGAGGACCUCACAAUCACAUGGCCGGGUUAGCUGGCUGCUGCAUUGCCAGCAGGGGGACUGCCUGUAAUGACAGUUAGUCCCCCUGCUGGCUGGAAAUAAAAUAAAAUAAAGUUAAAAUCAGUGUAAAAAAAUAUAUGUAAUCUCUUGAUAUUGGUUUUUUUGUUUCAGCUGGUCAUAACUUUAGUAAUCAUUUUAUUUUCUGCAAGCUUCUACUCUGUAAAAUUCACUACUCCUGGUCUGCUGCUCUGGAAUUGGUUUAAAAUAUUCUUUAGAACAGAGUAAAUUUCCUUAAAGCAUAAUCUUUAUAGGUUAGAGAAUGUGCUAUUUGUUAUAUUCAGUAUUUUGCUAUUUCAUCCCUUGGGGACCUGGAGUUUGGCAAUCCCUUAAUAUAUGUCAGGGGGCAUGCUUUUGGUUUUUAAGGGGGUAAGGAUCGGAAUUCCUCACAGAUUCCCAUGUUGUGACAGGGAACAUUAUAAUUUCCUUUCUGCAAUAAAAGGUAUUCUUUUAGGCUCAUCUAAUCCAGGUAAACUUUGAUGCUGUGUAUUGCAGGCAUUUUAAUUGACAUUGGAAGGUCUUUCCUGUCCCGAAACCGUUCUACCAGGUUUACUAUUUCAGGUAAAAUUUACCUGCUACCAGAACAAUAAAGGAAAUCCCUGAACAGGAAGUUCCAUUACGGACCUCUGUUCUGAUGUUCAUGGGGAUUCUUCUAGGUGUCCUUAUAUCUGGAAUUUGCAACCAAUAUGAGGCUUUAAGCUGUUGACUCAUCCUGCAUAAUAUAAUAUUGUAGCUUGUUGAUGACAAACAUUUGGCUGAUAUAUUUUACAUGGUCUCUGUACCUAGAUCUGUGUAAGUGAUGGUCACUCCUAACAUUGCAUUGAUUUAAUACUUGUGGAUUAUAUGCUUGGAAUGGUGUUGAUAUCUUGCAGAUAAAACCAGCUGCAGAAUGAUCUUAUUAUCACCAUAGGUUCUGCCAUAAGUACUUCAUUAAUAUCUGAAGAUAAGGUCAGAGUAGGUAUGUGGUUGUUUGUUCUCAUAAGGAUAACGGAAUAUCUUCUACUAUCCUGCUUAUUAUGUGUCUGUUGCCACAAUGGAUCAUGUGUCUUUGGUUACCACCUUCUCACCAGUAUCCCGGCUAUUACAUAACCCCUACUUAUAUUGCACAACAGUGUUUGGCAUAAUCUGUACUAUUUACAAUCUGUUUAUCUUUGAAUGUAGGUACUGACGUGGUUGGCCUACUUAUAAUUUAUUAGUUGCCACAAAUUCUACGGUUAAUACCAAUAUUUUUUUUUUAACAUCUGUUUGAUAUGAUUUUUCUUGCCUUUGUCUAGUAAUAUCUAUUUGUGUUAUUGGUUUCUACCUCUCCUGUAACCGAUCAUUACUGUAUCAAUUUAUUUACAGUGUGAGGUUUGGUUGAGAAUCUGAUUUUUGCAAUAUAUAGUCAUUGUUGCAGUGUUUUAAUAACAGACGCUCUUAUUUCUCUACUAGACUCUGCCUCUUUCUGACAGGCAGAUAUUUGUUUCCAGUAUCUAUAGGUAAGUAGUUCACUAGGCAAGAUGAAGCAGUGUGAAUUGUCUUUAAUAAAUACAUCCAGUAAGUAGUAGGAUUCUCAGUGUAAUUCUCCCCGUGUUUAAUAUCAUGGUGUGUCCGUUCUCAUCCAACAUUAUCUGCCUGUUCCAGUAUGAUCUCUGGAAGUUAUGCCUUUGUCAAGGUUCUGAUUUGAUGAUGCCAUCCAUUUGUUUUUUUUAUUUAUAUCAGAGAAUUACAUUAUCUUCUAUCAUUGACAUAACGGAUCUAUAAUUUCUAGACCGUGUCUGGGUUUCAUGGAGGUUCUCUAAAAAAUGUUUUUAUCUAUUACAAGAUGGGUUCCUUAUUUCGUACGAGAGUUUGUCUUGUAUUAGUCUAGCCUUGUUCCUUCUCUAGGUUUGGCUAUCAUUGCCUUAAUUCCUAUCUGGCGCUAUAUUUCUUCAGGAUAUUUCAGAGAUUUAAAUGCCAGCGGUAAAUUAUCUUGUCUGAGCAGAUUUUAUGACAAUUUCCUAUUGAUGACUUAUUUGGCUUUUUUAAAGUCUUCUAAGGUUUAUGCAGCUCAAUAAUGGUUUUAUAGCUAUUAGCUGUUUUUGAACUCUGUCCCUCCCUCUAUAUAUACUGCUUGGGUAUUCCCCAUGAGUAAAUGCUGCCAUGAUUGAUCGAGAAUAAGGAAAAUUGUUUCAUACUUACCGUAAUUUUUUUUUCCUGAUAAUUAUUCAUGGCAGCAUUACGUUCCCACCCAUAUACUAUAAGAGUUGUGAAGCUAGUUACAAAGACUGCCUGAUGGGAAGGGGGAGGAUCUAUUUAUACCAUUUUCUGAAUUCUAUUUCCUGUCCUUUGUGCUGUAAGGGGAGUUGCUAACCCAUGAGUAAAUGCUACCAUGAAUAAUGACCAGGAAAAGAAAAUUACGGUAAUUAUGUAUGAAACAAUUUUCCUUAUUAUCCCUUCUGAAGGUGUCUUUAGUACAGCAAAGUAAUUUGUUUUUAUUAUUUGAAUUAACAUUUUAUGAAGAAAAAUCUUUUCAUAGUCCAGUUCACCUUUAGAAUGCAACUUCUAUCACGCCUUAGAACAGGGGUGUCAAACAUGCGGCCCCCCAGAUGUUGCUGAACUACAACCCCCUGCCUUAGAACAUGCAUGAUUAAAUUGAAACAUUUUAUGCAAUAGAAAAUAGUUAUACUGAUACUGAAUUAUUGUGUUACAUACUUUGAAAUAUACAAACCCUAUAACAGGCCCCUUCUGCUACUGUGGCAAUGUAACCUAUCAUUGGCUACAGACUCAAACAAAUCUAUAAAAUGCAGUAAUGACAGGAUUUGGUAAUUAUUUCUUUGCAGAGUUUUAUUAGAAACCAGCAUAGAUGAGAUGAUUUUUCCUAAUGGUAUAGUUUAGUUUGAAUUAUAGUUUAUUCAUUAAUAUGUGGAAUGAAACCAUCAAGUAUUACUUUUGGACGAUUAGAAAGAACAUCACAGUUUAACUUGUGUUAUCACUCUGCAAAAAUUAGACUUAAAGGGACACUAUAGUAACCAAAACAACUAUAGCAUAAUGAAGCUGUCAUGGCGUAUAGAAUAUGCCCCUACAGUUUCACUGCUCAAUUCUCUGUUAUUUAGAAGUUAAAUCUCUUUUGUUUCUGUUUAUGCAGCCCUAGUCACACCUCCCCUAACUGUGACUGACACAGCCUGCAUGAACACAGAAUGGUUUCAUUUUCAAUCAGAUGUAACUUUCUUUCAAAGUUUUUAUCUCCUGCUCUGUAAAUUUAACUUUAAUUACAUACAGGAGGUUCCUGUAGUUUCUAGCAUGCUAUUAACACAGCAGGAGAUAAGAAAAUCCAAAUUAAACAGAUUUGCAAUAAAGGUGGUGUAAACAUUAGAUGACUCUUUACAGGAAGAGUUUAUGAAGGCGGUGUAAGUCACAUGCAGGGAGGUGUGCCUAAGGCUGCAUAAAAAAAGUUAUUUAACUCCUAAAUGGCAGAGAAUUGAAACUGCAAGGUCAUGAUUUAUACACCAAAACUGCUUCAUUAUGCUAAAGUUGUUUUGGUGACUAUAGUGUCCCUUCAAGAUUCGUUGAUCUAUAUAAAUGUACAAUAUAGUAGGAAAUAACUGAAAAUGGCAGAUUUGCAACUUUAAGGAGAACUUAAUUUCCCAAAUCCAAUAUGAACUGCAGUCAUUUGUGAUCUUUUUUACAUUUUAAAAUUCUGGGACAAAGUCUUAAGAGGUGAGCAAUGACUAUUAAAACCAAUUGAAAACGUUUCUACUUAUUUUUCCAGUUUUGGAAGUUUCCUCUAUAAUUGUCUACAGAGAACCCAUGACGAGAAGACCGGAAUUGUGUAUUAAAUGUUCAUGUAUUAAUGUAAUGUUGUAAUGAGAUAUAAAUAUAUAUUUAUUUAUUUUUUUUGAUUUGAUUUUUUAAAAAUUAUUUUUAGGGUUCAUCAUCCAGCUAGUGGCAGAGUGCUUACUGUCAGCACAACUCAACCUGGCGUGCAGUUUUACACAGCUAAUUUUUUGGAUGGAACUCUGAAAGGCAAGGGAGGUUCCGUGUAUCCAAAGCAUUCUGCAUUUUGUCUGGAAACGCAAGCGUGGCCAGAUGCUGUUAACAAGGUAAAUAUCAUGAGUAGCAAUCACUUUAAGACCUUAUACAGCAUAACAAAAAUGAAAGAAAAAUGUAGUGAUUGUUCCUGAGUCCCUUGAUCCAGCGACUAUUAUUGAAGAAUGGAUCAAAAUUGCAAUUCCUACACUAUGACCUAAAAGUUUCUCUCCACUGCAAGCCUAGUGGGUCCAUAGCACACUAACCAAGGGUGAAUUUCUACUUGCCAGGGCUGUAUUGUUGCCUGCUGAUAACUAGCAGAGAGUGAAAAUUUUAAGCUAUGAUUUAAGCAUUUAGUGUGGUGAGAAGUGCUGCAGAGGUAAUCAUAAAUAUACAUCCGUAGCACUUCCAUGUCCAUUGUAAUAUUAUUCCUGCUUGAUGCUUCGGGCAAACUUGGGUCUCCACUAAGAAAUGCUGUGCAAGUGCAUUCCCACGUGGACCUUCCACAUCGUGGUUGGUAUUCGUAACUUAAUCAUUUUAUGGCUACUUGUCUAUAGAUCUGUUUUUUUUAAGGAAAAUAAAUGUAUUUUAUAAUCCUCUGGAUUAUCACUUCCUCUAGUUUGUGGGUGUACACUAUAGUGAUACCUCAAUCACACAUACCCACCAUCACAAAUAAUUUUACGUUGUCUUUUUUGGUCCUUUUUUUUUCUUUCCUUUCUUAAAAUGGUACAUUUGGCUGCCAAUUGUUUAGUAUUUGGUUUCUAUUUUUAAAUUAAUUUCAUUGCUACUACAAAACCUAAUUAAAAAAUAUCAUGGACCCAUUCUGCUCACUUUACCAUUCCCGUCAAUAGAGAAUGGAUUGAACCAUCAGAAGAAUUUUAUCAGCCAAACUUAAAUUAAUUGAGCCCGUUGAAAGUGGCUGAAUCUACUUAAACAGAUUCAACCUUUAGUGAAGAGACCACAAGAUGUCAAAAAUAAACUUGUCACAACAUGGUUUAUAUUUACGUUUUUCUUAUUCCCAGUCACAGUUCCCAAGUACUCUACUACACCCUGGAGAGGAGUAUAAACACACUACCUGUUUUGACUUUGCAUAACUUCCGUAACUUGGAGAUUGAAGAAAAUGGCUCAGAGGAAUGGCGUUGAAGAGAUAACAUGUUUAUGACGGUUAAAUGACAGAAAUAAAGAUUGAUGUUGCAUGAAUUCUUACUAUACACAUGCAGGACUCAUCCAUGUGCUAAUCUAAUGUAAAAAAAUAUAAUGAAAAAAUUGUAAAAAGAAAAAUGAAUUGAAUUUAGUAAAGUUUCAUGUAUAUCUUUGCCUGUGCUGGUUUCACUUCCUUCUAUUUGAGAAAGUUCCCAAGGGUAUUUAGAGGCAGAGCCUGG